GGAAAUAAAGUGCCAGAGAUGUGAAACCUGCUUCACCUGAACCACUUACACGUCGAUCUGUCUGUUAGGCACAGAAAAAGAAAAAGAGAGAUUUGUAAAGAGGGCAGCAGCCCGCUGGGUAAUCACUCGCCAUCACUUCCCCUCUGUAUUUUUUUGUGAAUGGAGCUCAUUAUGCAUGCAGCCUCCACGCAGCUCCAUUCACAAGCAGCGCUCCCUCCUCUCCCUGCAGGCUGCGUGGAUCGCACUCAACUCAGCCUAAAUGACCACAAACGGUUAACGGAUGGAUUAUAAGAUGGAUGGAUAUUUGGACCAGCAAGUGCCUUAUACUUUAGCAAAUGUACGUAUGAUUGUUGUGACUUUCGAGCUUCUUCUCUUUGAGCUGUUUUUAAUGACUCUGCUACCGGGCUUUAUCCGGGUCUCCGUCUCGCGUCUGCACGACUUUUGGCCGAAGCAGCUGAAUGCGUGCGCGAGACAAAACUCCAAUUUCUCUCUCACUUUGACAAAAACUAUCACCAAUGUAAGCGCUUUGAGUUUUGCAUUCGCUAAGGUUUUAAUCCGUCUUUGUUUUGUGCGCGAAACCGAGUGUCAAAGUGUGCCAAAUGGUCACUUUCUUCAGACGCAGACAGCGCGUUUGUUUUCCUCAUGAUUGCCUCCACAGCUGAGAAAUGUUGUUUUCUUUAGAGGGGAUUCAUGCUCAUAUUAAGCUGCUGUAGCCUCUUGAUCAGAAACACAAGUAUCAUCAUAGUCAUUUUACUCUUGUUGGGACCCCCUCUCCCCUAAAGUCCAAGUGUUUUCUGCUGUCUGAGUCCUGAGUCCUCUCCACAUGCCACAUUAAACAUGCCAUUAGCUCCUCUGACACUGAUGUUCUGGAAAUGCCCUGUUGGGAGUCUGUUUUCUCACUUCUCCUCUCUUUACAUGUAUGUGUUUUGCAGAAGUCGCAUGGAAAUGGGCCCCUAAAUAGACUGUUGAUGGCAGCGAAAAGGAAAUACAUGGACACAGAAUUACCCCCUCAGGAAUCUGAAGGUAAAGUACAGCUCUGCUUUUACAUGACGCAUGUUUACAUCAUGGUCUAUCAACCCCAGGCUGUGUCAGUCUGGGUCUCAGUUUCUGCGUUUUUUUCUUCACUCAUUAGUUUUUCUUUCUUAUCUCUCUCUCUCUCUCUCUCUUUCCUCAGACCUCUUCCAGGAUUUAAGCCAACUCCAGGAGGCAUGGCUCACAGAAGGUGAGACUGGCCUCGAGGCUUCUUCUCUUCCCGAAUUGUCCUUUUUUUUGUGGUGAUUUCAUAACUUACAACAGUCAUGAGGCUUUCAGACGUGUGCGUCUGCAGAGUGUGGUGAAAUGACACCUAAAAACCAAAGACAAACACACUCAUGAAUCGUAUUUUUACACAUUUGUGAAGCGUUCCCUCUUAAAGAAGCUAGAUUUAGAGAAUUAUCCCUGUGAUUUGCCUUAUUUUUAAGGGGUUGUUUCAACCUUAAACAUCACCAAAAUAAGACAAAUGCAACAAAUUAUGUUCCUGCCUUCAAUAUUUUCAUAUCCGUUUUAGAUAAAAGUGUCAUAUGUCUUUAUUUUCAGGCAAAUAUAAAAAAAAAAAUAGAAAGUAAUUCAAUCUUUGUGUUAUUUUGGGUAUUUCUGGACAGAUUAGAGGACCAGAAACCUUCAAUCUCAGGAGAAAACAAAACUAUUCUUCUUUCAAAGUUUCACAUGAAGCUGAAUUCGCAUAAAACUUUUGUAGAGUUGAAAUAGGAUGAGAGAUAAUGAGCUGUAUUUGUCUUAUUUGUAGCAUCGAAAAGCUUGAAAAUACAAUCUAAACCCCUGGUUGUCUCUGCAAACAGCAUCUUUGGAGUUAAAUCUGUAAGAUAAUAGACUGUUUUUGUCUCAGUUUUUACAUUGCUGCACUGAAAAGAGUAAAAAAAACUACAUCUGGAUGUUAAAAUCUUGAGGAAUCAUGCUUGGAUUGUGUUUCCAGAAGGAUUUGUUCAUAAUUCCUAAAUAGUUUGUUGAAACACAAAAUAUUUCACUUUUUUUUUUUUAAAUGUUUGUGAAGUUUCUGGAUCUUCAGACACUCUUUACGACUCUUUCACAUAUUUUGCUUUCUGUCGACACUAAGAAACAUUUUAUCAUCUGAAGUCAGGCCUCCAGUGUUUCUGCUUUUUUAUCUGAAUGUUUCACAAAAUCAUGGCCGACAUGUGAAAGAUGACCUCCUUAGUGUUUAUGCAACCCACUGGAGAGCCCUCAAACUCUGCGAUGCAGCUCGCAUUUUCAGAAAACAUUCGAGUCCAGAAAAAAAAAAAAAAAAUCCAGCCAUGAAGAACACAGACGGCACAUUAUUAGCUCUGAGCAUGUCCUAUUUUGGCCAUGUUGGCAUGUAGCGUGCGUGCCAGCCUGCAGCCAAUGCAAACAAACAGGCUAUUUGGCUCGUGUCACUCAAAGGCACAUAGCGAUGAAAUGAGGCCCAGUCAGGGGGCAAUUGUCAGCUAGUCGACUUUAAUAAGUGCGAUGAUGAUGUGAGCUCUAAUAGAGUAAUUAUACAGUACGUGAGGCGGAGGGAAACAUGCUGUGAGUCACUGCCGUGUGUCUGUGUGUCUGUGUGUCUGUGGAGUCGAACCUGCAGCCGCUCAGGAGCAGGACGCCGAGGCUCUGAAAUCAGGAGAGGUGUGAAAACGGUUGUGUCAGUUUGCUGUGAUGCGCUUUGAUGUGGAGCUUUAAAGGGAAAUGCCACUCAUUUUUGACAUUUAAUGUGAACCGCAUCAGUCUGAUGAAUUCUGGGUGAAGUCAACUCUCCAUGUAGACAUGAUUGUGUUGUUGUUUUGUGGCUGUUUGCAAGUCAUUGUGCAGAGUUUGAAUUUAGAGCGUUUGCAGGGGUGAAAUGUGAAUUUUUAGGUGGUUUUCCUCCUCUUUCCCUAAAGCUGGGUCAUGUCUGGUGUGUAAAUAAUCAUUGCCGGAUGUCUGCUUCCUUUUUUCCAACAAAUUCAGCCGUGAAAUUUUGUUAUUUUGGUUUUACUGCUGUGAAUAUUUGGGAAAACAAAUCGUAAAUAUUCAACUAUCUCUGACAUUUGGAGUAAAAAUGGGCGAAGUGAAGCCGUGCUGCAGAGUCAGAGUGAAUCAGCAGAAUUAAAACGGUUUUCAACGUAAGUUAAGAUUUUUUAAGUCUGCUUAGAGGGAAAUGUAAAGAAAGAAGUGUCACGGUGCGUUCAGGAUCUUUAUGUAAAGGGGAAACUAUUUAUAACUACAUUUAAUGAAUCGAACAGUACAGAGCAGACAUAAAGAAACAGGUAAACCGCCGUAUUGGCACAUUUUCAGAAAAAUCUGUUUAUGUGGGGGGUCAAAGAGCAGAAUCUACAUUAUUCUUCAAAAAACAUGAAAAUAUUUGGUUGUAAAUUGUAGUAAAAUGUGAAAGCUCUCAUGGGGCCCUUAUUCCCCGCACUGCCUCUGGGUGUGUCCUCUUUUAAAGCUCCUCUGCUCUUCUGGUUGCUUUUGUUGAUUAAGUUUAAUUUCAUUAGAAGUUUUUAACUCUUCAAGGAAAUUGUAGUCACUUUAAAAUGUUUCACAGACUUUAGUUAGUCAUGAAAAUCCUCCUCAGGUCAGCAAACUGUAAGGAAGUGAAGAAGUUACGUCAGAGACGUGGUGGACGCACGUCGGUCUGCCUGAAAUUUAAAUAGAGCCCACUCCUGUUUGUGACAAACAAUGCUGAGUCCACGUAAAGAGCUCUCUCACCUUUUCUCAUGCAGCGUCAAAAGCCGGCAAGUUCAAUUCACACCGGCGUCUCACACAGACAGAGAGAGACAGAGCCAAUAAAAGAGCAACAAUGGGUGUCGCUUCAGUUUCAGCACGUUAGUAUUCACAGAUUUCACCUGAGAGAGGACGCUGAAUUCACCCUCUUUUAAAAAAAAAAGGACAGAUUUUGAGAUAUCCUCUGGAGAUUUCAGUCUUGUCUCAUUUAUUUAACUUAGACAUCAGCUUCUAAACUUGAUAUCUCCACCUUACUUCAAAGAAAGUCAACAAACUUUUGAUUUGUGGUUAAAGGCAAGACAAGAAAUGGAGAAACAGCAUGUACCGAGGCUCCACCCACUGUCACACCCUCCUAAUAAAGAUAUAAAGCCCAAAACAAAAAUAAAAUUAGUGUUGUCAAAAUACACAAGGGACUGAGUCAGAGUACAUCAAUCAAAACUGAAGAAAACAAACACAUAGCAACCACAAACCACAACAAAGUGUGGGCUCUGACGGCCUCACAGGACAAAAUACCAACUGACUUUCGAAGGUAUGAGGAAAAGGAGCAUCGACAGGCGAAUACCAACGUUAAAAAAGAAACAAAAAUCCUGUUAAAAGACGUUACAGUGACUCAACAUGUUCAGUUCUUAUCACAGAAAACAGGAUCAUGAUUGAAUAAAUUUACGUUAUUUUGACCUCUUAGUUAGCUAACACGAAAACCGUUGCCAUGGAAGCGUGACAACCAUCUAAACUUAGGAAUCGGUGUUUUAGCCGUGUGGAUAAAACCUCUUUUAAAAUCAAUAAAACCAUUUUAGAUUCUCACCCUGUAAUGUUUGUAGUUUACUUAUAUAAUCUUUUAAUUAAAGCUCCUGUUAGGAACUUUCCCCUUGUGCUAAUCUUGGCGUCCCUAGUGGACAAAUUAAGGAAUAUCACUUGGCUAAUUUCGUACCUAUCAUUUUUAUGUUGUUAUAUCUGACAUUGUUUAAAGGCUUUAUUUGAGUGAAACUUUAAAGUUUACGUUAUUUUGACCUCUUAGUUAGCUAACACGAAUACCGUUGCCAUGGAAGCAUGACAACCAUCUAAACUUAGGAAUCGGUGGAUAAAAACUCUUUAAAAUCAAUAAAAAUAUCUUCAGACUCUCACCCUGUAAUGUUUGUAGUUUACUUAUAUAAUCUUUUAAUUAAAGCUCCUGUAAGGAACUUUCCCCUUGUGCUAAUCUUGGCGCCCCUAGUGGACAAAUUAAGGAAUAUCACUUGGCUAAUUUCGUACCUAUCAUUUUUAUGUUGUUAUAUCUGACAUUGUUUAAAGGCUUUAUUUGAGUGAAUAUUUAAAAUUUGUGUUAUUUUGACCUCUUAGUUAGCUAACAUGAAUACCGUUGCCAUGGAAGCGCGACAACCAUCCAAACUGAGGGAUCGGUGUUUUAGCCGUGUGGAUAAAACCUCUUUAAAAUCAAUAAAACCAUCAUUAGAUUCUCACCCUGUAAUGUUUGUAGUUUACUUAUAUCGCUUUUUAAUUAAAGCUCCUGUGAGGAACUUUCCCCUUGUGCUAAUUUUGGUGCCCCUAGUGGACAAAUUAAGGAAUAUCUCUUGGCAUGUUUAUGUUGUAUUUUCUGACAAAAUAAAAAAAAAAACUACUCUUGAUUUUAAAUGUCCAACAUAAAGCUCAAAAAUCCACAAAGGAGCUUUAAUUUAAUGCAAAAUCUUAUUAAUUUACUGUAUUUAACUUUACAGUGACUGUCAGAGCCAUAAGAAAUUUAGUACAUUUAUUUUGUAACAAUAUUACAGGAUAUAUUGACAUCUGGUAAAGAUCACAGCAGAUAUAAAGUGGAAAUCUAAAUUUUAGGAAACAAACCAUUAGUUCCUGUUAAAGCAGGAGCCGGCUCAAGUCUGUUUCUGAAAAGACAAACUCGCUGUUGAGUUAAAAAAAUAUGUGUGUCACUUUUAAAAGGGUAUGACCACCACAAAUUAGAUGUUUCACUCACCGCCAUUGUAUUCACUCAGCAGAGGAGCAGGUAUUUAGAAAGAUUGAACACAAUCGCUAGAUUUCACCCGGAGAAAAUGUGUUUAUUCUGCGUAAUUUUGGUAAACCGGCCCCUCAAAUAAAGGCGUCAUUUCAUGUGCUUGAGAGGCAGAUUACAUCGAGCUGCAGCGAGCGCACAAAGCAAAAAAAAAGGAGGAGAAAGAUGGAAGUAUACCUUCACUAUCAAAGUGUUAUUUAGCCCUAAGUACUGGCUUGUUUUCAACUUCCCCAGCUUAAACCUCUCCUUUCCUGUUGCAUUAAUUAAAGACCUUAUCAUGACUGAUUGCAGUUGUGAGGGAUUCACCAAGAUUGUAAAAGCCGGGUAGCUGGAGGGAGUUUCUUUCUUUUUUUUCUCUCUUCGCCAAAGGAGAGCGGAAGCGAGAGGGUGAAGCGCUGAAUGGCAAGAGUUCAGGAGCUUGUCACAUCUUGUCUUAUUUUGGCCUUUAGGUUUAUGUGACUGCGACGGCUUAGCUCCGCCCAGGAUCUCCCACUGAGAGAAAAAAAAAAGUCAUUCAAGGUGCCUGGAAGCAUCAGGGAGAACAUGCGUCUGUGCUCGUAUAAACACACUCUCCUUCUUGUGCUGACUUGCAUCUCAAAGCCCCUGACGACGUGUUCCUGGAAACAACACACACACACACACACACACACAUACAUACGCAGACACACACUGGGUUUGAGUUAAUGUCUGAUGAUGCUCGUCCGUGUGUCUCCUCUCCUCUUUAUGAGGUCCAGCGUGUUCCCUUUUGGACAUGUUGAAACUAGCAGAAAUGAUUGAUUGUUGGGUCUGCAGAGCUAAAUAUUGGCCUCUGCUCUGUCUCAUCCAGCAGCCUGAUUCCUCCGUCCCUGCAGGCGCAGGACUGCAAAGUUAAAAGGGGGUAAUAUUAUUAUGGUAUAGUAAGCAACAGGAUGCAGCGUUAUAUAAGAAAUCAAUGUAAUUUAUCUGAGCAUGCUCCAAAAAACGCUGUCAUCCGGUUUCCUCUGUACAGGAAGGAGGAGUGUGACGACAAGAAAGUAGAUUUGGAUUUCUGAUUUCCUCUUUUUGUCCUCUGCUGCGCUCUCUCUCCCUCUCUCCGUCUCUCUGUCUCUCUGGAGUUUUGGUUUCUGUGUUGUGUAGCAUUGAUUGCAUGGAGGCAGAAAAGACAGCUGAGGAUGAAAUCAGGGACGGAGUUAAGCACCCAGAUGAGGUUACACUCGCAUCCUUUCGCUGCAAAGCUACAGUAGACUCUGCAAAUGUCUGCGAUGUAUUUAAAAUACAGAUUGAGUUGAAAAGAUUGGAUGUUUGAAUAGAAAACCUUCAUUUUGUGUCGAUCAGUUUCCUUUAAAAAUCUGGGACAAACAUGGUCACUUCACGUUUGGGAACGAAGAAGAGCAGUUUAAGAGUUUCUGAACGUCCUUUGUUAUUAUUUUUGUCAUUGUGCGUUAAAUUUUUUCAAUAGUUUAGGACCGCCUCAGUCCAGUUUCUCAGCAGGACUCUUCUCCUGUUGUCAGAAUGUGGUUUGGGAUCAUCUGAAGGUCUUCCCUGAAAAAGUCUUUGUCUGGAUGUCAGCAGAUGUUGCUUCUAAACCUGGAGAUAUUGUUUAAAAUUGAGGAUGCAGCAUCUAUGAUUUCUGGUUCUUCAUUGAAAGGACAACUGGACUUACUUGGGAUAUUUCGCCUUUAAGUCCAGUUGUCCUCUCCAAGAGAGUGUUAGAUUUAAUCCAUCAGACCUCAGGACAGUUCACGGACAAGUGGUUUUAAACUGGGUAACUGGAACCUUUCCUUUCUUUUGUUUCUCACUUGCUGUGCAGACCUCCUUCUCUCCUUUUGACCUCUGACCCAUCUUUGGAGUCAUUUUUAGAGCAAAUAUGGUCAUAUUUACUUUAACCUCUUAAGAGAAAAUAAGCUUUCACUUUUCUUUUCUUACCUUUCUUUUCUUAUUUGGUUAUUUCUGCAACUUUUCCGACGUCUUUUCAGUUCAUUUUAUUUCAGUUUCACCCUCUCAAUGUGAAGAUUUCAGAUUUACAGUAAAACUAACAAAAUAGCCAUGCUGUUGUCAGAAUGUGGUUUGGGAUCAUAUGAAAAACUAAUUGUCUGAAUGUCAGCAGAUGUUGCUCCUAAACCUGGAGAUAUUGCCUAAAAAUGAGGAUACAGCAUCUAUGAUUUCCAGAUCUUCGUUGAAAGGACAACUGGACUUACUUACUUAAGUAAGUCCAGUUGUCCUUUCCAAAAGAGUGUUAGACUUUGAUUCUUUAGACCUCGGGACAGUUAGUGAUAUUAGGCCCAUGCGGUGACUCCAACUCCAGAGUCCUGAUGCUCCUAAACCUGUAGAUAUUGUUCAGCAUUAACGGAGCCUUCACAGAUGUGGAACAUACCCAUGACGUGGACUUCGGCGACCCCCAAACUACAGAGGUGGUGUCUCUGAACUGUGAUCUGUUAAUAAGCCAAUCGUUCCCUCUCAUACGUUAUUUCCAAGAAGAAUAUCAAACUGUGAUUCGUCAGACAACAGGACAGUUUAGGGUUCCUCUUUGCCUGGUGCAGCUUUUAAUCUACAAUGGUGAUUACAUAACAUCCUCUCUGGUCGCUAUGGUAACGCUUAAACAUGCCUUCAAAAUAAGAUACGCCGCAAAACAAAUAUAAACUCACCAGAACGCUAGAUCAGCAAUAGCCUGAGCUUGUUUCUCUGCAACAAGAUGGUCUUUAUCAAUCGUCUCCAACAACCGUGUCUCAAUGUCCGCUGCUAUUUCCUUAAUGCGCCGAGUGAUGCAUCUGUUCUAUCUUUUCAUCGGCAGCCUCCUCCGAAAAGUUCACAGCAAAUGUUUUUAGCCGCGGGAAGGAUUAAUUCUUCACCAGUAGUAAACGGCUUUUUAGCCUUAGCAAUACCGUUAGCCACCAAGUAUGACGCUUUCAGUGCACUUGCGCUUGGCGAAGCAUUUUUGAGGGCUUCACUGCCUCAUUGGAGAGCGGGUCGCCACGUAUUAUGCCACGUGGGAAUCACCUGUCAUGAUAAAUCCAUAUUUUAAGUAGGUUUCUUGGUAUCCUCUGUUAAAAUCAGCUGUUUUUUACUCACUUUGCUAGCUUGUGGGUUUGAUAUUAGCGUUAAUGUGUCACGUGACCGAGACAAGCAUCUUGACACGUGUCAUAGACGGAUGUUCAGACGCGGAUAAUAAUUAAAACAGAAAUAAUGUAAGUUAUUUAUUCUUUCUGUGCGGCCCGGUACCAAACAACCCGAGGACUGGUACCGGUCCGUGGCUCGGGGUUUGGGGACCGCUGCACUACAGAGUCAUGUCUGUUUCUAAUGCAGCGAGUCACAGCCAUCCGGUUUUGUUUUUUGACCAUGUACAGAGAGAGUUGUGAGUUGUCUUUAGGGUCCCCGUCCCAACCGGAUUUAAACAUGAACUUUUCUACUCCUAACUGGUCUCCUGGUGUUUUUGCACUUUUGACUGUUAAAUAUCGACUUCAUAGUAUUUAAAAACCUUCAAAUUCUGUUUUAAUGAGCAUUAUCUGCAGAAUCCAAACUUUAAUAGAAUUGAAGUUGCAGUAAAAAACUGGGGAAUUGUCCUUUAGUCCGUUUGUAGAGAGUGAAAGGUGCUAAAGUUCUUGCAGCAUGGCCCCACUUUGUUUUACAGCCCAUUAAGCCCCCGAUUGAGUCCAUGUUAUUUAAUGAUACCCAUCAACUUUUCCCUACCAGUUUGCUUGUACCAUGAUGUAAGUGUGACUCUCAGGCAAUGGAAACUCUUAAAAACCCGGAGAAACUCGCACAGCUGGACCUGAGCCAGAUUAAAAGGUUGCUCGGCCCGGUUCUGCUCUGCGUUUGUGUCGUUAAAUCAAAAGGAGGUGAGCCGAAUGCUAUCAACUGUUGGUGAAUUUGACCUCCUUACCCCCGAGUAGGAUGUUGGCAGUCAAACCGUUCGGGCUUUUCUGAACUGUUUGUUUGAUUCAGUGUCCAAAGCUCCCAAAGCACAAUUGUGAAUGGGCUCAGAUUCCGUUAAAAAAAAGGCCCGCACAAUGGUGUCUGUCGAGCCGGGCUGCACCUGGGCUCGGCAUCGCUGACUCUGCUUUUUCUGUUCAAUCCCAGUCGAGGUUUAUUCGGAGAGAGUGUCGCUGAAAUCCACACCGCUGCAACUCAUUAUGUUUCGGAUCAAGAUAUCACAUUUGUCGCCACUUGACAAGGAGGAUGAAGAAGUGUUUUCACCCAGAGUUGCCCUUGUUUCACUUCUCCGCAUCUCCUUUUAAUCCACGUCAAGUUUCCUUGUUUUACAUCCGCUUGUAUCUAGCAAUUCCUCAUCUACGCAGCAGAUGAAGUCCAGACGACUUUUGCACAAGAACACAGAGUCCCUAACACUUCAGGGCAGAAAAAAUGAGGUCUGAGUGACUGGUUUUUCACAGCACUUGACAGAUUUCCACAGUUGUUCAGCCAGAACAGCCUGUUUAAGUCAGUGUGGAUUUCUGUGAUGGAAGUGAAAAGAAACUGACCAGUGGCUGGUUAUGCCAAUUUGACUUUUGGUGUACAGCUGUCAGAGAAGAAGGAGAGUAUUAGUCUGAAACAGGGUGUGCUGUAUGUGAAGCAUGAAGCAAAUGGAGAUGUGAAAUAUUGACGAAAGGACAUUUAAAAGGUCAAAGCGGAAGGACUAAAUGACUCAGGACAAAGUCUCUUUUUUUGUGGUGAAAACAAGCGGAUUAAACCAAACUUUAGAAAACAGUCUUUUUUCAGGUUUUCGUGUCUUCAGUGUUUUUCAGAGACGUCCACUCCCCUUACCUAAGGACCAUUCAAAAAUGCUGGAUGCAGUUUUCGUGGGUCUCGCCAAGAUCUCUGCUUCAAAUUACCGAUAAAAUGCUUUUGUACUCUCAGUCAAGAAUCUGUCAUGGACUUAAAUUAGGCACACAAAGAGCUGACUCCGCCUGUACUAAUCCUGGUAUGAUAGAAAUAGUUUAACGUUGUGUUGUUUCAUAUCACAUUAUACAGAGUCGUACUCAGUAUCACUUGGUUAGUACAGUAUUAAACUAUACUACAGUCAAAUCGAACAUCAUAUCAUAAUAUUUUAUUUAACCAUCAUUUCAGGUUAUGACCAACUGAGAUAGAGAUCUGUACCUUUAGGAGGUCAGCAGCACGUCUGAAAUAUUACAUGACAAAGAGUCAAAAACAACAAUUUAAAGGUGCAAACCAGUGUGCAUAUAAAUAAAAAUCAGUGUAUUUCAGUAUGGUAAUGAACAGUAUCAAAUGGUAAACUCCAGUAUCAUAUCAUAUUGUAUCGUAUCAUAUCGUAGCGUAGCAUAGCAUUACGAAUUGUAGCAUAGCAUAUUAUAUUUUCUCAUAUCACAGCAUAGCAUUUUGUCGUAUAGCAUAUUGAAGCAUUGCAUAUCAUAUUGUAUCAUAUAAUAGCAUUUAUUAGCAUUUAGUAGCCUAGCAUUUUGUAGCAUAGUAUAUUACGUUAUAGUGUAGCAUUUCAUAGCAUUGUAUAUGGUCUUGUAUAAAGUGUAGAAUUUCGUAGCAUUUCUUUGCAUAGAAUGUGGUACUGUAUUAUGGUGUAGCAUUUCUUAGCAAAGAAUUUUGUAGCAUAGCAUUAAAUAGCGUAUUAUAUCGUAUUGUAUUGUAGUGAAGCAGUUGAUAACGUAGAAUUUCAGUGCAUUUGCAUAUCAUAUCAUAUCAUAUUUUAGUGAAGCUUUUCAUAGUGUAGUAUAUUGUAUUGUACUGUAGUAUACCACUUCGUAGCAUAGCAUUUUGUAGCAUAUUUUUAUCAUAUUGUAUUGUAGUAUACCAUUUUGUAAUAUAUAAUUUCUUAGCAUUUUGUACUGCAGUAUAUCGUAUUUUAUCCUAGUGUAGCAUUUUGUAGCCUAGAAUUUCGUAGCAUUUCACAGUGUAGUUUAUCGUAUUGUAUCGUAGAGUAGCAUAACAUAUCAUUGUCUCAUAUUAUUUUGUAUCAUAUCAUUUUGUACCGCCUACUCAUAACGUACUCUUUCAUAUUGAAUCAUGUUGUAUAAAAAGUAUUUUAUAUGAAUCGUUGAAUCGUUUAUAUUUUACGGUUUUAAAUGAUAAAAUAUCGUGAAGAAUUGUAUCCUGUGGUUCUAUAUCAUAUCCUACUAUCUAAAGUGGUAUAAUAUAUAAUAUCGUAACAUGUCUUAUUGUUUGGUGUCCAGUCAAAUUCAUAUCCUAUUAUAGUACAUCGAAUUAUAUCCUUUCAUACCUUUAUUGUUUUGUAUCAGUGUAUGAUUGUGUGUCAUAUUAUAUCAUAUAUCAUAUAGUAUGCUGUUGUGUUGGACUGCCUUAUAUCAAACCCUAUCUUAUCCUAUCUAAAUUUUUACUAAGUCAAAGGUAGAGACUUUAAAGAACUGUUAAAUGCUCUUCUUAAACAGGCCGUCAGGUUAACAUCCCUCACACCUCUCAGUUUAUUGAUCCCUGAUUGAACAGAGCAAAACUUCAGACGGCGAAGGUCAUCAGAAUAAAUCCAGCCUCACUCUGAUUUCAGAGAGGAGAGAGAAAAAAGAGAGUGAGGGAGGAAAUGAGAGACAGAGAAAGGUCACAUUUGGUUUGAAAUUUGAUUAUAAUGUUUAAGUGUGUUUUUUUUUCUUCUUAUUUCAGCUCAGGUUCCUGACAGUGACGAGCAAUUUGUUCCUGAUUUUCACUCUGAGAACUGUGAGUACACCACUUUCACUUUCUCUGCCCUUUCAGUGUUUCAGUAUGUUUGAAUGUGCUGUAUGGUUUCUACGUCACUGAGCGGUUUCUAUAUAUGCUCAAAAACAGCCCGAGUCUGUGCUGCAUGAACCAGAUCGUGGUUUUAUCAUCUAUCGGAUCUGAUAUUGAUCCGUGCGUGGUGCAGAGCCGUGCAUCGGGAGUCUCACGCUCCUUUGAGUUUCGGCUUGUUGAGCUGUUAAUGUAAUUACAGCUGAAGUAUGCUUGUCAUGAGAAAGUGAGGAAGAAACCAGCGGUCAGAUUUGUGCUCUGGGACCUCCGGAGGCUUAGUUAGGGAUACUGUGACCCGCUGAUGUUACAGUAAUCUCUUUGGCAGACCAAACUUAGGCUCUAAUGAGCCGGUCAUCACGAGGUGAAUUUGGAUGCUGCUGUUGUGUGCUGCCGUCAUUUAUUUGCAUGUCUUUGAAAAGCUGAAUGGGAACGGCCCAGGAAACCAGUAAAAAAUGAUUCAGGCCACAGGUACAAAGAUUGGCCUUUGUGUACAUCGGAAGGUGUAAAAUGGAAAAGCAAAUUCCUGGGCUGCACAACUGAGCGGCGAUUUGAAUGCGUUUCCCUUUCUUGUUGUGUGUCCCAACAAUAGCGAUUCAGGAUCUGGGCGGGGGUACAUGUCGCUCUACAAACACUUCUUUUCUGCCUCAUUGAACUUGCUGCGGGCUUCUCCAUCUUUUAGCAAUGACUCUGAAACGGCUCUAAACCUAAAGAGAGGUUUGAAACGCCUCCAAGAAUAAUCUCACCCGCAAAGUAAAAGUGACAGCUUUCAGUCGCAGUCAAAAGCACUUCCUCUCAUUGAAGCCCCAUGUGUCUUUUGUGUGUAAACAUCAUGUGAUUUCACCAGCUCCGAAUCACAACUGCUCGGCCCCUCCGUGACACAUGCCCUGAGCGAGAUUGUCGCUGUCGGCCGGCCAACAAUGCGGAGGAGGAAGUGCAGAUGAACCUCAGGGCAGGCAGAGGUCGUGUCUACUUAACCCCCUGACCUGUCAGCCAAUCAGCUGUCAGGCCUUUUGCUAACGGUUGAGCAGGGUAUGAUUUGCAGGGUCACGGGGGCUUCGGUUUGACGGGCAGCUCACUUAUACGCGGCAGAGACACUCCUGCGUUGACAGACAGUGUCCCUGCUGGUCUCAGUCAAUAGCCGCAGAGUCCAGUAAGAGUGUCUUUAUUCAGCUUUGAUUUAUGGGAAAUUGAGGCUGACAAGCGCCGAUAAAUAUAUUCAUCUCUGUGUCUUUUAAAGGCGAACAAAGGCGCGAGUUUUCCCAUCGUGAGCUGAAGCCUUUCUCAGUGUCGGGUGCACUUUUAAAAACAAGUGACUCACCUGUUUUGAAACACCGCUGUGAAAAAUAAAGAAAAAAAACAAAACACAUAAAGCGAAGCUCUAAUCCCAGGUGACCGGAGUAUAAUUGAGGCUUCUAUUGGAAACGGCGCCCUGGUAAAAUUAAACAUUGCUGUUUACUGAGUCAAGUUUUUACCUGCUUGGGUGUGGUGUUGACGGAGAGAGAGGGGGAGGCAGAAAGAGUGUAAAUGCAAAGACGAGAGGCUAAAAAACAAGGAGACAUGCAGGAAUGUUAGAUUAGAGGAAGGAAGGGGAGGGGGGGGCAGAAGGAGGGAUUGUGCAAUACCUGCACAUCUGGUAAAUCUAUCUCAUCUGGUCGCUCAGUUUACGGCUAACAAGCGUGCUCUGUCUGCAAGCUGCCAGUGCAGGAAGGUUAUGCAAACAUGCAGCUUUAAUAUACUGACUGACCUGUUUGAUAAGAAAAAAACGAGUAUGGACGCUGAUCACUUCUUUUAACAACUCUCUGUACGGCCAGGUUCUGAGAUUUGAAAGUGAAAGAGUCUUAGAGAGGAGAGUUUGGGAUCUACUUUGUCUUAUUAUUUUUAUUCAGAGGAUCUGCUUAAUGUGGAAAAAACUAAACUUAUGUUGUUUUUAUCUACAAGAGCAUCACAAGAAACACUGUCAGAGAAAUAUUGUUCAUAUUGACGGACAAGAAACUGAGCUUGUGUCUAACGUGUCUUUUAAAGAACAUUUUCAGCAUGUUGUUAGAAAGCUGAACGUUUUACUAUAAAAACUGUUUCUGUUUUUGUGGAGUCUACAUUCUUACCUCUUCUUGAUUAUGGUGAUGUUUUAUACAUGAAUGCUUCUGCUCAGAGUCUGUAAAUGUUGGACGGUGUUCACCAUGGAGCUCUGAGACUUCUUUAAGCACUCGUCGGCUUGUUCAUUGGUACGUUUUCAUUUACAAAGAAUCCUCCUUAUUGAUCUUAAAGGACAGAUUACACAAUCUAAGAUCAUUGAGAUUUAGACAGUUUGUUGUCCCCAGAGUCCAAACCGAAAUGGGUGAGAAGGCUUUCAGGUUCUCUGCCCCCUCUGGGUGGAGUAAUCUGCAGAUUAUAAUCUCUGACUGUUUUUAAAUCUUCAACUGAUGUUUCCUCACAGUUUUGUUCUGUACUGAGUCUGUGUGACUGUUUGUUGUAACGGUGUAUUGCUGCCAUUCUUGGUCAGGUCUCAAUGGGACAAAAAAAACAGAGUUUAAAAAAAGGGUCAGGACUCUUCUACUACAGAGCCGUGCUGUUGUAAUCCCUGUAGUCUGUGGUUUGUCGGUGUCGUGCUGAAACAUGAACCUGUUUAUGUUGUUCAGUACUUUCAUACAUCCCUCUAACAUCAAAGUUUCUUCUUGACUUGACGUGGUUUUAACCUACUUUUCAUCGACAGUGAUUAUUUGAAGUGAUUUCCACUUUAGAGUCACGUCUGUUUUUAAUGCAGUGAUUCCUAAAAAACCUACAGCAGUGAUCCUGUGUUUGGUUUCCAGCUUUUUCCACAUAUUUUGGUUGUAAGCGUUUGAUUCGAUGUGUUUGAAAAAAGCUUUAAAUGAGGCUUUUGUUGACAUUUUACACAGAGUUCCUGUUUGACACGAGACACUUGUGAUUGUAUUGCAACAUCUUAUUUUUCACUCAACUCUUGUGAUCGGAGAAAGGGUGUGGUUUAAAUCACAUCCAGAAGAGCUGAGGAUUAAUGGUCUGUGUUGACAGCACCUGAAGAGUUCACCCUCGCCUGACGCUAAGCUGUCGGACAGAUUCUUUUGUCUGUUUUUCUGCCUGCGGGGAAAAAAACACGCGGAAGUGUCAGUCAAAUUUAUCGAGCACUUUUAAUUAAAACAGCUUCAACGAGUCGCUGCUUCGCUUUCUGUGUCCGAAACAGUCGAACGUCUGAGCCGCAGCGUUUCACGAGGCCCUGCCUGCUCCGAGAGCUCGUUCUUCUUUGUCCAAGUAUGUUGUUUACACUUGGAGCAGCUCGAGAGAUGUGACCCAUUCAUAAAUUUUCUUCCCUGCGUGCGUAAGAGGAAGUGUGCCUCCCCCUCCCCCCCGCUCCCUCUCUCUCUCCCUCUCUUUCAGUCCUUUACUGCUCUCUCCUUCGCUCUUCAUUCAUAAAAAAGCCCUACAGUACUACAGAGCCCCCUCCCCUCUCCCUCUCUCUGACACCCCCUCCUCUCCGAGUGGAUACUCCAAACCCCUCCCUCCCUUCCUGUGUCUGUACAAACUGAGUCGAAUUUAAAAAUCUGGACUCCCCCUCCCUCCCCUUUCCCUUUUCUCUCCCCCCUUUCUCUCUCUCUCUCUCUCUCUCUCUGCACACACACUUUGAGUGUUCCAAGAUGUGAACUAAUCCAGCGAUUUCAGAGUUGUGUGGGACGAUUGUUUAGUUUUGUGCCUUGCUGUAAUUAUAUAGGAAGUUGUGGCUAUAGAGUGCCGUUACUGUGCUUUCCAGAGAGUUUAGCAAAAGAAGAGAAAGGGAGAAAAAAAAGGGAGAGAGAGAGAGAGAGAGGAAGUAGAGGAGAAAACGAACAACAUGACAGUCUGCAGGAGUUAUUAAAAACUCUUUGCUCGCUUUAACUCGUGUUGCUUUUGUACGACUCUGAUUCUUAAAGACUGUAAAAAAAAAAAGCCACAAAAACAACUCAUCAAAAAUAACUGAUGAAAACAGGAAAAUUAAGGCCACAUUAAGAAACAAAAAUAAGACUUUGAUUUAAAGUCGAGAAUAAAGUUGUAAAACCAUUUCUUAUAUUCUAACCUGUUUAUGAUGACAGUUGUCGAAAUGAGAGCUAUGGAGCAUUUCGUGAAAAUGUUCUUAUAUAGAUGUUUCUUGGACAAGGAGAUAUUCACUCAUUUGGCACAUCAGCACCACAUUAUCAAAAGUAUCAAAAUGAUUUUAUUACGACUUUAUUCUGGUAAAUUAAUCUUGAAGUCUUAUAUUUUUAAUUUGUUUUUUCUUAAAGGCAUGGUUGGUGAUCUGAGAAGUAGUUGAAACAAAUUUGAAGCGUCCCACCCCCUCUGACAGAAGAUCCUAUACUAGCUUCAAAUAGGAUUCAUCAUGUCAGAUUGUUAGUGACCAGCGGCAGUAAAUGCCAGCUCUGCUAGCGAGCGCCGUCUGGACAGCUACCGUGUUGACAUGUCAGAGACCAAUGAGAGUUAUUUAUGUAACAUGAGCCACGAUAAAAGGAGAUAAAAAUGACCCGUUCAAUAAAAACUCUGCUGUCUCUGCGUCUGUUUUCUCCACCGCUUGAAGGAUGACCUGAUGUUUACUCGAGUUAGAUUUCUCACUUGGUCACAUUUCCUCUUCGACUCCGCCCUUUCUUCUGUCGGCUUGCGUUUUCUUCCCACUUUUGGCGGUGGGGCGAGCAGAAGUUGGUUUUUUUUGUUUGUCCUUCUCCAUCACAGCUCCUGUAGCUAAGCUGCUACGCUACUUUUAGCAGCUCAGAGCUCCGAAGAGGGCCGGGAGAGUGGGAGGGGACGAGUCGGAACUACGGGAGAGGGGUGUGUCGAAUACAGCGAGGUGAUUGGAUGGGGAGGCGGAGCAGGAGAUUGGCCAAUAGGAGCUGUCCAGGAUGGAUGGCUCCCAUUGGUCGAUGUUUUUGCAGCCCUGCACCUGAUAGUGUGAACAGAUUUUUUUCGUUCUUUUUUCUCUUCACUUUGUGGAGAUCGCACUAUAGGACCAUGAUCGCCAUAGAAACGAGGUUGCCAGUAUGCAACUACGGCCUCUUCAACCACCACACAACACUCACAUUCAUACACCAGUGGAGGACACACACUGGGAGCGAGGUUGGGACAAGGACACAACAGACAGAUUAGGGAUCAGGCGAAUCAAACCGCCAACCUUUCGGUUCUUGGACGACCGCUCUACCUCCUGAGCUUCUGCCGCCCCGAAAGGUUUCCAGUUAAAAGGUUUCAUUUAUGAUUCCACGCUUUGGUACGGCAAAAAUGAUGGAUCUCAUUUCUGAAGUUUGAGGAGAAAGUUAUUUAAAAGAAAAGAAAAGUUUUCUCUAAAGAGGUUAAAGUAAAAACGGUCAUAUUUGCUCUUUGAAUGACUCCAAAGAUGGGUCAGAGGUCAAAGACAGAGAGAGAGAGAGAGAGAGAGAGAGAGGCCUGCACAGCGAGUGAGAGACAAAAGAAAGGAAAGGUUCCAGUAACCCACUUUAACCAAAUCCUCUCAGCAGCGCGUCCCUCUGCCUCUCUGUGAUCUGCUUUGUCAUGAAUUCCCAGCCGUCCUCUUGUUUGGGUUGUUUUCCUGGAUCAGAACCGGCCCAAUCAGGCCCCUAUUUGGCACACGGGACCACGGGUGAACCAGCCCCUCCCCCCCUAACUCCCUCCCCUCCCCCGAAAAGAGAAACAUGCAGCUCUGUGUUCUCCACUUUCCAAAAUACAGCUGCUAUGCAACAAAGUGCGCGAAAACAGCCAGGUGCCUGCCAGAUAUGCAUGGAUACCGCCGCUCGCUUCCUCGCUCGCUCCCUUGAGGAGGCGGAGCUUCUUCAGUCACUGUUUGUUGCUCCGUUUUGUUUUGCUUAUGAGUAAAACGCUCGAUAGCUCUCGUACGUGAACACAUGAUUCCUCCUGACAGCCUCUCAUGCAUUUACUCAAGUGCGCACAUAAACACACUUGGCAUGGUGAACACGCACACACACGCACACACACACACACACACACACACACAAACACACACACACACACACACACACACACACACACACACUCAGCUUCAGCCGCGCAGAUUUAUGAAUGGGCUGGUUGUGAGAGACUGGCUGAGGCAGCACAUUGAGUUAAGGGGAGUGAACCUCCAUUCAUGACAUUGGGGGGACGUUAGCGGAGCGUUUACGACACCUAUGAGAGGUGAAGCUUGUUUUUCACUCUGUCUUUGUCUGGCUGUGCUGUUUCUCUGCUUCUUAGUGUUUUUGAGGCGUUAACUCUUAUUUUCAUCUUUUUUUCUUUGCAGCUUGUCGCCUCAGAAAUCCCUGCAAACACGUCUGCGAUCCCCUCAACUCUGAGAGCGUUUCUGCCGAGUUAGUUUAUAGGUUUGGAUGUGAAUAAAGACACUGAACUCCAGCUAAAGUUAAUAUUAGUUUACCUCAUUAUUCGGCCAUCUUUAGUCAAUCAAAUCCUGUGAAAAUGGGUUUUUAAAGGUCGAGCAUGUGGAGUAAUGUGCAUUUAACAGCUUCCAGUGGGGAAGUAAAAGCCGUACCUCUGCGUGUUGAUUCAGAACAGCCCCGUCAAAGCCGGGGGCCGCGGGGAUUUGAGCUGCAGAGCCCGAGUGUCAGCAGCAUAGCUUUGUGAAUGGACGGCAGUGUGUGUUUUUUUACAGGCGAGGGAGAGGUGGUGUGUGUGUGUGUGUGUGUGUGUGUGUGUGUGUGUGUGUGUGUGUGAUGGUCGUAUGCGUGCCUGUGGAUUUCAGAGGCCGUGUUGGCGAGUUUACUCUGACGGGACGGCUCGGCUCUCUGCAGCUGGAAUGUUUUUCUCUGUUCGAGACCAAAGACGGGAACAGGGGCUGCGAACGGGACGGGCGAGGCUUUAGAAUAACAGCGAUCCAACUAGAAACAGUGGUUAAUAAGGAGAUACUGGGGCAGCGUGAGACAUAGACGUGGUCCUGGGAAGACCAAGUCUGGAAAUGGAGAUAACAGCCGUGGUUUUAGGAUUAGACGAAGGUUAAAGAUUCAAACUCAGGAGAAGUAGAAGUGCUUAUUUUGGUUUAGACAUUAAAACAACAACAAGACUAAGACCCCCACUUCAGACAGGCUUUUACCAGGUUCACGUAUCACCACUUCUUGUUCUUCCUUUGGGUACAAAACCACCAAUACAUGUAAAGAAGACCACAUAAAUCUGAUCUGCUCUCCCUCUGGAAAAAAAGGGGGGUAACAGCUCUUUAAAGGGACUUUUCACCCCUCUCCAAACAGCUCUGAUCAUUUUCUCUUCAGAUGUGGUUGGAUGACACAUCGUUUGAUCUAGAUCGUUUCAACCCCAGCCGUCUGAUCCUCGUGUUUCUUCUCGUCGUGAAAGUAUCGCCAAAUUCCCAGAUCAUAACUGAAGAGACGAGGAUAUAAAUCCAAGAUCUACCUUCAAAGAUCUGUUUGUUUUUUCACACUCAGAUCUCCCGCCGUUUUCAGUCAAGGUCCAACACAUGCACGUGUGCGCGUAUCGACCCGCUAAACGCGCCAACAUGUGAGCGGAGGAGGUGUCUGCAGAGCGUGGACUCGCAGUAACCUGCUGACACAGAGCGGUAGGUGUCCAGAGCGAGCUGAGAGCCAGCGUAUGACCGUAUCGAUCCUCGCUGAUCCGCGGGAGGAGACGGAGGAGAUGGAGAGGGUUGAUAGAUGUCUUGAUAGAGAUAAAGUGGAGAUAAAUCAGCGCAGGGGAGAGGGGGAGAGAGAGAGAGAGAUGGGCAAAAAAAGAGGGGUGUUACCAGACGAGGAAGAGUGUAGAUGUCGCAGGUGGGCUGAUAAUUUCGAGUAAGGUGUCCGGGCCGUUCAGAUAAAGCAGAUAACACCUACAGACAGCGGCUCAGACACACAUGCAUGCAUCUAGACCUCCCCUCCUCCUCCCCCGGCCGGGUGAGGGUGAGGGCCGGGAGCUCAUUAUAUCACUGGAGUAACAGUGUGCAGGAGGAUCGAUCGCUGCAUUAAACAUUAAGAGGGGACAGCUAUAUUGGGGGGCCGAGAGAUGGAGAGUGAGGAGUCAAUAUUGUGCCAGAUUAAUUACAUCCACCCCACGCCUGUGACGGCCUGUCCCUCUCGCUGCACAUGUCCCGGGACGGGGAUGUAUUGUUAUCGGCUCCGCUAAACAGCAAUGGAGGGGCCAGAUUUAUGGACGGUCAAUGGUCGUUUAUAAAGAGCCAACGCGGCACAAUUGAAAGUGAAGUGGACAAUGGGGAGAACGUGAGCUGUCAGGGCUCGCUACCAAACCAAGAGAAGAUGAUCAGAAUGAUUAUGCCCCUGAGCAGCACACCUUCGGGUUCUUGUAGAGUCCACGUCUCAACGGGUCGGGGCUGUUUCUGCUUUGACCUGAGACCUGUACAAAUCAGAGUUUUCCAACAACAUGAAUUCAAGGUCAAAAGUGUAAAGACCGCUCCGAGGAAAAGCUGAGAACUAGUUCAGACAAGAACUUUCCCAUCCCGCCGAACAAACGCUGCGACCUAUUUCCAGUCGACGAGAGGGAAGUGAAACUUUGAUGUCUGCAGAAAUGCACUCUGCUGCUGCCUUUCCCAUGAUGGGUGUCAUUCACAUCUACAUCCUGUUAGCCAACUACAGACGCCGCGUCUAAAGCGCUUCAACGGACAAAAAAAAGGGAGAAAGAGAAACACGUUAGUGAGACGAGCCUCGGUGUUCUUCCCGGCCAAUCGUCUCUCUCGCUGUUACCGGCGUUCUUUCCAUCAAUCUCGUUAGGCUUGUUUGGCAGGUAUCUGACAACCAUUCUUUAAAUAUUCAAGGAGCCUGAACCAUUAUCAGAUGGGAGAGGACGACCUGUAAAUCAGAUAGAGCAGACACUAAUGGAUCCAACACUCCCAGAGCACACACACAGACACACACAGACACACACAGACAGACGGACGGACGGACAGUGAAGCGGCUCUCAGGCCAGAUGAGGAUGAGCCGAGCUGAUUUUUUUCCUCUCUGUAUCUUCCUGAUUGUGCAGUGACCUGAGAAGUGCGCACACAUGUUCGGCACAUGUUUCCAUGCAUCAGUGGAAUGACUGGAUGCACUGUGCAGCCGGAGCGGGUCUGGAUCAUAUUGUAUCGCCUCUCCCUCUCUCUCUCCCUCUCCCUCUCUCUCACCCUUCCUCUAUCUCUUCCAACUCGGCUAAAACGCAGUAAAAACCUCCUCUCAGAAAACUGCCCUCACCCUUUCUUAUUUCAUCGUCCGUUAAGAAACCAGCGACGGCGUCAGACUCAGAAAUAGCUCCCAAACUCGGUCUGCAGAAGCUCAGCAUGCCACCGUGUCUCAAACUUUAAAAUAACCAUGAAAAUAUAGGUUCAUUCUGACUUAUAAUGCAUGUGUUGACAGUCUGAUACUUUCAAAUUACAAUGUUGCUGCUCCCCAUUACGCCUCCUCCUCACCACAAUGGAGACAUGCAUCCAGAUGAGCCGCUAAUGUCAUUUUCAGCCCGUGUGAAUCAAUACUUUUCUGGUUUUUAACCUUUUAAAGCUGCUUUUGCACGAUUGGCUUUCUGCAGGUGGAACAUGUGGCAGCUUUGAACCAUCUGUAUCAAGAGAGACAAGAACCAGAUCUAAAGAGAGGUGUCCCUGACGUGUCCCCUUUAGGAGAAGGACUCGAACCUUUUCUCUGCGAUUGGAGCCAUUAAGCUCGUAUUUACAUUACGGUCACAUGUUCUUCGCUUUAGCUGGAUCCAGUCACCCUGUUUGACACUGGGCCUGGUGUCCUAUGAGUUAUUGUGUGCAGGGCUGUCAUGUGCUGCAGACUUCCAGAGGCUUAAGACUUGGCCAAGUAACACAUAAACAUCCAACGUAAAACUCUCCAGAUCCGUGGCUGUCUUCUGCUGGAUUUCCCUUCACCAGGACCUUUAAUGGUAGGAAACUCUCUGUCAGGGAGAUCAGGGGGUUCAUGGUGAGGUCUUGCCAACCACUCUCAACAACUCGAUCAGAAGUAAAACCACAUAGAUCAGAGUAUAAGGUGGUUUUUGCUCCUUGAUACGUCCCCCUCCGCUACUUUUCAGCUCAUAGCAACUGGGCCAUCUCCUGUGAUGAACCAAAACAAUCGACAAACAAGUUAGCAUGAAGCUAAUGAGUUGUAUUUUUAGCGCUUAGCUUCCAACAAGAAAUUUCAGCUGUUCGAUGUGUGGGUCAACGCCAAAGAAAGCAGAAAUCGCCAAGACCAGUUUGAGGCACAUGGGUCUGGUGCUUCUGAAUGUUUUCACAGUCACAGUCCUUCAGUUAUGAUCCUGCUGGAAGGUCCAUUGAGUCCACUAUGGAUUGCUGUAUGUCAAGCGCUUCACUAACCUGAUUGGUCAAAGGUCUGUAGGAUCACCAGCGCCCCCUGGAAAAAUGUGAUGAACUGAAUAGUUCCAGACCCAUUGACCAGGAAGAACUGGUCUGACGUGGGCUAGGCUAACCCCCAAUUUCCACUGCAUCCGGAACAGCUACGAAAAGUCUGUAUCCGUCAAUUGUAGUUGAUCGUAACCAUUCAAGUUAACGUUUCAAUGUCCACCGCCUUCUUUCCGUUUCGCUGCAGAUCGACAGACUCUGCAACUGAUCGCAAGAGUUCUACUUUUUUCUGGACGCCGGAGCAUGCUGGAUAAAUUCAGCACAGAUUAACCCGUGCUGGAAAGGAACUCAUUAUUGCGCUAUUGCACGUAAUUCUGCUGGUUCUUUUGAGUUCUCACGAUUAUUGCUGUCCCGGAUGAGGGUUGUCUUAUACUUGGACCAAGACAGAGAAGAUUCUUCAUAAUUUUGGAGAUGAUCAGAUCAUGCUGAUUUUGUGAGCCGAGUAUUUUGCCAAACCGGACGCUGUUUGAGGCAGAAAGCUUUCCUUCAACUCCGAUCCAAGUUUUUUGGAGCGAUUCUAGUAAAUGAGACGAACACUUUGGUGAUUUUUAUUAAUCAUGACAGACAUCGAAUGAAUCAAAUUUGUGACACUCAGCCAAAAUGCUCCUCAGCCCUUUUUUUAUGUGCCGAUGAUCAAUAUGUUUGACAGGAGGGUGUAUACUGUGUGUUUUUAGGAAUCCCAGAGGAAUCAGAGAGUGUUUCCUGACGUGUUCACACCACCUCCGUAUGGCUCAGCUGAGGGGCCCAUUGUGUUAGAGUGGUGUGUUAGUGUGUGUGUGUGUGGGGGGGGUUGCCAUCCCCUUCUCUUCUGGUUUGUUUGUGGUGGGUGUCUGUUGAAUGGGACACCCCCCCCUCCAUGUAAUGAUCCCUCUACUUCCUAAAGCACUCAACCAUGACCAUCACCUUUCACCCCGCAGCCUCCCCCUCCAAAGAGCCGACAUUUACAUAUGUAAAAGUCCAUCUCCACCCUGUCUUCAGCUGGGGGGUCAUCUCUUCAGAGGCGGGUGUAAAAGGGUGAUAGUGAAGAAAACAACAAAAUAAGGGAGGAGGAGAUACAACAAGGUUAGCGUGAGGAAGAACCCUUUGACCUUAUCAGUGUAGGAGGUGCUGGGAAUCUUCCACGGCUCCCCCAGCGCUACAUUUACUCGUACUUUCCUCUGCACACUCCUGCUUUACCUCAGAACUGUCCGCUUUAACACAUCCACCCCGUACUCCAGUAUAUCCGUCUCUUCACUUCUAAACACCUCUCCGGGCUCGAGUUCACGAACCGAGCGUCCCCGAAAGAAGCGGUGAAAUACGAGGAGCUCUUUGAGAGAGUGAUGUAACAUUUAACAAAGCAGUUACAGGAGGUCGUGUUGCCCUGAAUAAAAGCAGGAAGAGACGAGAACCCGAAGAACAUAACUCUGAUCAGAUCCGUUUACAAGACUGCCACAGACUUAUAAACCUGCGCUGCAGACUUGACAUCAUUUGGACGAGAGGAUUUACUCUGAAACAGCAGAGAGUUUAAAAACGAGGGUUUGUUUUAAGGACUGUUCCUCCAACUGUGAAUGAUGUUAAAGUAGCAGAGAUGAAAAAUACUUCUGUAUCUGCAUCGGCUCGAGCCCUAAUGAUAUAUGAGAGAGAGAUCUGGGACCAAACCACCCUACUGCAUAAACCCCGAGUUCACUGGUACCAGAAUGAAGUCUCGACGAUGUUGCAAUUUUUUAAGUGUUUAGGGUCAGGAUUAGGGGUUAGGGUAAAAUCACUGUUCAGGACCUAUUUAUGAGCACAUUUCAGACCAUCUGGAGUUGAUAGGUACAAAAAAAUUAGGAAAAAUAUCAAAUUUUUGUUAAUUGUUAGGGUUACCUUAGGUUUCGGGACUUUAACCACAAUCGCUGACCAUCGAUCCUCUGUGAAACUCAAGGGAACAAGAUAGAGAUCUGGGACCAAGACCAAUCCGCCCUAUAUCAUGAACCCUGAGUUCAAUGGUACUGGACUGAAGUCUCUACGACGUUGCGUUCAAAAGCAGUUGGUGAUUUUAAAAAUCCCCAUUCUAGAGAAUGAGCUUGUCCAGGGCUGCUACCCUCUAUAGUAAGAUCGGACACACUUUUUCUAAGUGGUUAGGGUUUGGUAAAGGGUCAGGGGUUAGUGUUAAAAUCACUGUCCAGGACCUAUUUAUGAGCACAUUUCAGACCAUUUGGAGUCAAUAGGUACAAAUAAAAUUUGGAAAAAUAUUUUUAAAAAAGUGUUUGGGUACAGGGGUUUUAACCACCUGACUUGUGAACCUCGAGGGAACAAGAUAGAGAUCUGGGACCGUGACCAAACCACCCUAUUUUAUGAACCCUAAGUUCACUGGUUAAAAAGUAUCAGGCGAAUAAAAAAUCCCUGCUCAGGUGAAUGGUAUGGUGUGGGGCUGCUCCCCUCUACAGCGAGAUCGGACUCAGUUUGUCUUGUAAGUGUUUAGUGUUAAAAUUGCUGUCCAGGAAAUAUGUAGGAGCAUGUUUCAGACCAUUUGGAGUCGAUAGAUCCAAAAAAAAAAGUUUUACGGCUAGGUUAGGGUACAGGGGUUUUAACCACAAUCUCUGACCAGCGAUCCUCGGCGAACCUGAAGGGAUUGAGAUAGAGAUCUGGGACCAAGACCAAACAACUGUAUUUCAUGAACCUCGAGUUCACUGGUACUGGAAUGAAGUCUCUACGACGUUGCUUUCAAAAGUAAUUGGUGGUGUAACAAGUUGAUGGGAUGGUCUGGGGCUGUUUCCCUCUAUAGCAAGAUCAGACUCAGUAUUUCUAAGUGGUUAGGGUUAAAAAGACUGUCUAUGACCCAUGUAGGAGCACAUUUCAGACCAUUUGUAGUUGAUAAGUACAAAAAAAAAGAUGGUCUGAAUUUUUGUCCUCCUAAGUGUGUACAGUAGGAGCAGUUUGGCCUCACCCUCGCUCGAACCACACACUGAGAAAUCUCUGGAAAACCCUUUUUCCUUCAUCCUGGUUCAAACGGAGAUCGUCUCGUACAGUUGCGAGCGUCUUACAGCCUCAUAUUUAUUUGUCCAAAUCAAAUUCAGACUCUUGAGAUCAAAGUAUGUUGAGUUUUGUAAUUUGCUCCUUGGCUCGCUGAUCAAUAGCUCCAUGGAUCGGGUAUCCGUGUUUGACAAAUUGUUUAUCAGAGCAGCAACCGUCUUCUUCUAAUUGGAAACACAUGCGACGUAACAGACGGCGUUUACGAUCACAGGCAAGUACACAAACACAAAACCCUGUCUGAUGCUCAUUUACCAAAUUAAUUAGGCUUUCAGAUGGGUCACGAAUGGAUGACUUAAUACACACACAAACAGGCUCUCAGAUAUGGAGACCCUAACCAUAUGCAGCUGACUGCGAGCCCAGCCCAGCCUGGACCGUUUGAAACAGAACAUCCUCAUAAAGCGGAGCCACAUCAAGAGCAAUUUUCCUGCCAAUCGCAUUAGUGUCUCCACUUGGCUGCACUCUGAGUGUACGCUCUCCGAGGACUGUUUGCAGUUCAUGACCACGCUCGAAAAAGAGGGGAGAAGACAAACACAGUAGUAUUAUUAGAGCGGCAGUCAUGUGCCACCCUCUGUGUGCUCGCCUGCAGACGGGCCGUUGGAGCCUCAGAGGAGGCAGGAAUCCCAUCGUGUCUGUCUGGGAAAUCUGGGUAAAUGCUCUCUAAUCCCGUUGAUCUCCUCUAAAGCCAACACUUCCUCACCUGCCUGCCUGGCAGCCAUGGGAGAGUGAGCGCAGGCCAAAAAUAGGCCGAGAGGAGGUUACAGGGAUGAGCAGUUUGAUUCGUGGAUUCAGUCAAAUUCAAAUGAAAUAAACAUGAAAAAAGCAACUUUAUGUGAAAAACAAAAACCUUUUUAUCAUGACAAGAGAUUAUUUGGGAAUCCAUGAACAACAAGCUGGUUUUCCUCAAAGACACUUGGACCUACUCCGUCUUAUUUUUAAACCCUGCAUAUUUGAUCGAGUUUAAAAGAAGAGCCGCUAAAGUAGGGAUGUGAUUGUUUUUCAAAUUUACUCUGUUUUCUGAACUUUUGACUUCAAACAUGACAAGACUGAUCAUUUCUUUACAGUGGGCCGGUGGAUCCAAUCCACAAGCUUUAUUAUCAAUGUGUCAUUCCUCAGAAUCUGUCCGCCGUCUGGCUCUGCUGCGGAUCGGUUCAGGUGGCUGAAUCAGAUGCGCAGGGCUUCUAUUUUUGCAGAAUGCCGCAGCAGUUUUAUGCGGUUACAGAGUGAAAAAAUAAAAAUAAAAUAUCCGGUUAAUUUUCAAAAUAAAAUAAAGUCAAUAUGUUGAACUGUUCUUAGCUUGAUAAUAGGAGAGACUAGAGUUGUGGAAUGUGGGUGUUUAUAUUCACCACCGUUUAUAUUCACCAAUCUGCGGAUCUUAUUCUAUGACUCCCGGGGAAACACGCAAGAGCUCGUGAGAUCUCGUCCAGUCUCGCGAGAAAUAUCGGUAAUCUCGCAAGCGCUUCUCCUCCGAUGGCAGCGGAUCGGAUCUCCUUUCCCUUAUGUCAUCUCCCACUCUUUCCCUAAUUUCCUGCUCCAAUCCUAAUCAUAUCCUUUCAAAAUAAAAGCACAGGAGCCCAAAAGAGAAAGGGUUUUGAUUUGUCCACAGGGGGCGCCAAAAUACAAGCAAAAGUUACUCACAAAACAACUUCAUAAACCCAGAGUGAUAUCUCAAACCUAUUUUGUAAUCUAAUAAAUCAUAUGAUCAAAUUUAUCCAAAAUAUUCUGAUAAAAAUUUUACAAAAUUAUCGAAAAUAUUUGUGAAUUUUGGUGAAAGACAAACCGAGUCCAGACUCGAUGGCUCUAACUUUUGCUCCUGAUUCAGUUAGGUAGACAGUUCUUCCGUUCUCCUGAGUCUUGUCUGACACCAGCUCCUCUCCACCAUGUGCGGUUAAAGUCAUUUUAAUCUUUCCUCUCUUUCUGUCCGCUCUAUUGUUCCUCCCUCAUUUUUUCACUUUCUAUCGCUCGCCUCAGUGGAACGACCGUCUCCUGCUUCAUUCAGUCAGCCAGACGUUUUUUUUCUCCUCCUUUUUUGUGAAUGGACGACAGUGUGUAAUUACCUGGGCUGAGCUUUCAGUGUGGCCCGCUUCGUCAGCUCCACACCCACUCUACACACACACACACACACACACGUACGCACUUUUCAGCAUAUGUGCACACUGAUCGCCAAGAUUGCUAAUACACACACGCUCCAACGUGCACUCUCACACUCGUGCACACACAUAAAUACAGGCCUCCCCAGCUGGAAGUGCACAGCUGCUGCUGUUUACCCUGUCGGGACCAGAAAAACAUCCUGUACAGUUCUCCGGGUGAAAACCUCCCCUCACAUAAUAAACACAAGCCCUCGGCACAGUUUGAAGCUCCACUUUGGGUGGUUUCUGUGGCCGUCGAGGCAAAGGUCCCCUCCAGCAGUGCGGCUUGAUCGACAGUUUGGUGAGCAGGAGAUGGAGCAGAUGCCUUUGGGGGGGGAUUUAAACUGGAAAAAGUUGCCAAAAAACAAAACUUAAAUGUCUCUUUUUGUGGUUCUCUGCUGGAAAAAAAAAAGUUAAACUUCUGGCUAACAUCUGGACACCGAUCGGAAAGAAUGCCAAACACAGAUUGGGUGUAUAUGCUGUUCCAACAGAGGUGUGACACUCGCUUUCAUCAGUGUGCAGACAUCUCUCUGGCCCGGAGAGUUGUUUACCUCCGAGCUCGACUUUGACAGAGGAAGUUUUGGCUGCUGUUGUGUCUGGAAGAGAGAAGAAAAGUGGGCGAGGACACUUUGGGCUGCAGGAAUGCAGUCGUGUGUGAGCGUGUGUGUGUGUGUGUGUGUGUGUGUGUGUGUGUGUGUGUGUGUGUUUAUACGUGUCUGUCUGCUGCUCUGUGCUUUAGAGCUGACAGUCACUUAAGCAUUUUGGCUGGCACGUAAAGGAGAUUCCUGUGCAGACAGAAGAAUCUGCAUUCAGCUUGAAGCCUGAUGACAGUAGAAUCAGGGCAGGGCUGAAGGACACAAAGAGUAGACAAAAGCUGCCGUCUGUGUGCCAGCGCUCACCUCUCUGUAUGUCUCCACAGCGGUGGCAUUUCACAGCCCUCCGGUCAACAUCAAGAAGGAGCCGCAGAGCCCGGGAUCAGACCCCAGCCAGUCCUGUAGCCACAAGCAGAGCUUCAGCUACCCCAGCGGAGAGCAGUGCCUUUAUGCCAGGUACACCAGGUCCUCCCAAAGACACGCCGGACUACAAAGUCCAAACGCCUUCAGAUGUUUCACAGAGUCGAAGCACAAACACACUUUCGAACUUAUCUCCAGAGUUUCCUCUUCCUGGAUGUAGUUUUUUAGGUGCCUUAUAAUCAGGUGCGCCUUAUGUAUAAACUCUGGUUGUACUUACUGACCUCAAACCGUUUUUAUGUGGUACACAGCGCUCAAAAAUCUGUCAAAAUGUUUAAUUACGACUUCAGUAAGCUACAAAGUCGCACAGCCUGAUGGUUUGUCGGAAUAAAGUUUGACUUAUCUGACUGUUUUCUUUGGCUUAAUGCGUUUUAUAAUCCGGUGUGCCUUACAUAUGAAAAUAGACGCGAAUAGACGCGCUCAUUGAUGGUGCACCUUACAAUCGGGAGCUCCUUAUAGUGCGAAAAAUACAGUGUUUCAUCUGUGAGGUUUUGAUUUGAAUUUGAGUUGAUUUAACACCAAACUUUUACACUUGAUUUACCUUUUCAGAAACAGAUUUCCCCUGACAGUUUCUCAAAAGCGUCUUCUCUGAAAUUCUCCAGAAUUGUAAUUUCUACAUCCAGGAUUCAUCAGUCACAUGUUUUUACUCACAAAAUGAAACCAAAACUAUCUCAUAAACCAAAGAUUAUGAACGCUAACAGAUCACUGUAGUUUUCUAACUGUAUGACUGUGACUCUUUCUUCAUUAGGAGUUUCUGCUUCCUAGUUUUGGCUCCUCGAUAAGAACAAAACGUAAUUUAUUCGAGCCCUGAUAUGUACGCUGAUUUAUUACCCUUCUGUCUUUUUACCGACAUCCUUUUGUUACUGGAGAAUAGAGGAAACAAAACUUCUUCACUUCCCCUCUGAAAACAGUCAUCCUCGUCCAAUCGGCCGUGUGAGUCAUGCAUAAAUCAACACGGCUAAAACACUGACCGCACGCUAUUGACCACUCAACCCCUGACCAUUAGUAUGUUUGUUAUAUUGACUGAAAAUAACCAGUAAACCUGCCAGCCCUCCCCGGUUGACCCUGUUGUUACAUCAGCCUUCAUGCAUGUAUGUAUGUAUGUCCUGGUUCAUGUGUGUUAACGUGUGUUCAUGUGUUCAAUGUUUCAGUGCCUAUGAGCAGAAAAGGGCUGCAGGAGGAGCCAAGAGCUCCUGCCCAGGGACCCCCAUGUCUCCCAUGCAGCAGCAUUAUUCCCCCAAACCCGCAACGGCCGGACGGCCUGAUGCGGGCUACAUGAACCCUGCUGCCACCUCCCAGCCGCUGCCUAGCAACAGUUACCCCAUCAACGCCAGGUGAUUGAUAUUUCCCGUGCAAAGAACUCAUAAUCAGUGCCGCCUGUAUUAUAGUGAAUUCAUAAUUUAUCAACAAAAUCUCAUCUAAAAUGUUGGAUUUUUGUAUUAAACAUGAUCAAAUUUUAAUGUAAACCUGAGUCAGAUUAACUCCAGGAUGAGAUUACAUGAAAUUUACCCAAUUUGUGACAUCACCAAUUGUGUAAUCUCCUUAUAAGGGCAAAACAAACGUACCGUAUACUAUUGUGGGGCAUUAGGGCCCCCCAAAAUACUCCCAUUUUGAAUUAUUUGUCAUUUUGAAUCAAGAAAUACUGAUAAACUCAUAAUGACCUCUUCGUAGCAUGGCAACAGUGGAAGAAGCUCAUAGAGAGUUAGGUUCCAGAGUGCUCUGAAGAGCCUUAAAAUGUUAAUAACUGAAGUUAAAUGUUAAAGAGGCUGAAAAAAGUUUCAAAGAUACCAAUCCAAGAGAAACAGGCAAUUUUUUGGGUCUUAAAUCAAGCUAGGCGACAAAAACGGAAAAGAAAGAAACGUAAUAAAACACGUGAAAAUGAGCAGAGUAAUUUUAGUUUUAAUAUUUAUUAGGAACAUGUUUGUUGAAUUUGUUGAAUUUUUUAAGCUCUUUUGUGUGAAAUUUUUUAAAUAAUUGAUUGACCUGCGUUCAGAAAUGUACAAAAAUAUUAUGAUAUAAAAAUAUAGAGGUAUGCACAUCGGCUAGCGGGAUAGUUGGGAUCAAGUCCGGCCCUGACCAUGUGCUCCAAAAAUAAAUAAAUAAAAGAAAUAUAUAUUUAUUAAAGUAUAAAAACAUGAGUAAAAUCAUCUUUGACAAAAACAGUGUUAAUGUUAUUUUACCAAAAAUGACUCAAACCAGAAACAAGUUGAUCAUUUUCAGAAGCUAAAAAUGCAAAAGAAGUUUUUGUGUGAAAGUAACUGAGCGAACAUGUUAAUAGUCACGAGUACUGCACCAUUAAUAAAUGAUUCUUUAAUUGCAUGUUAAAUGAAUGAAUCAAACAUAAAUGUUCAUGAUCAUAAAGUGAGUUUUUGUGUCUGAUGUCUCAGCUCCAGGUAUCAGGGCCCCUCAGGUGACCCCAUGUGCCCCCAGUUCCCUCCACCAGGGCAGACCUUCCAGCGUAUGCCAUCCGCUCCAGCCGGACACGGAGGCAGCGGGGCUGGUGGAGGUGGAGGAGGGGGACCAGGGGGCGGGGGUGGAGGCGGAGGGGUCGGGAGUUAUCACCGGCAGCACUCUGACCCCUGCAUGCCCUACCUGCAACAGAGCUUUAAGCAGGAGUACCUGGACCCGCUGUACGAGCGGGCGGCUCACAUGGGCGGACCUGGGCAUGGCAGCGGAUCUGGACACGGACACGGGCACGGACAUCACCCUCACCCACAUCCUCACUCCCACUCCCACUCCCACCCACAUCCACAUCCACACUCACACCCGCUCCCACACAGGUUCCCACCAGCUCACAUGAUGGUGAAGCAGGAGCCGACAGACUACACCUACGAGCCUGGUGAGUGACGCUGACUUCUGUCAACCAUUUGAGUUCGGAGAGCUUAUCUGACUCUAUUCUGAGAAUUUAGACGUUUAUUCUGAGCAAACAAAAAGUCACGACUCUCGUCUUUUGCACUGAAAAAACUCAGAUCUUGACAGAGUUUCUGUUUUACUUCGAGCAGUUAAAUCUUAUUAAACCACGUUCACCUGACAAGUCCAGAAAAAAGUCUCAUUUCAAGGUUUUAAGAUCUGAUUUGCUUGAAAUGAGUGAAAAAAUCUACCAGUGGAAUAAGAAAACAAUUAACCGGCAAGUUUUCUGAAACAAAGACAUUUCUCAUUUUAAAUAAACUUGAAAAGUAUAUUCUAUAAAUCUUCAUUCAGAGGUUUUUUACACACUGCAAACAGUUCAGGUCUUAUUUUUGACGUGUCAGAUCUUGAGAUGACACAUUUUGGCUUAAAUGAAGCGUAAUAAGGACAGAAACACUCACUAAAUGUAGUUUUUUUUUAAGUGUAGUAACUCCUAAUUCCCUGAUAUAGACCUAAACUGAAGAUGUGCAUGAAGAAUUCACUUAAAACUUAGUUUACUGUAGAGGGAUUUGAACUUGCAACCCUUUUUUCAUUAUUUCAGUUAAAUUAUCAGAAAGUUUUUGCAUUUGUAGCUUCUCAUGUCUCGUAAGAAUUUUUGCAGGAAUAUGCAGUCCCUUUGCAUGCUCACCAAAGGUCUUAAAAAAGAGGCGAAAAAGUUAACAGAAAUAAUGUCCACAGCUGAGUUAAAUGGAGGUUUUUACUCGUCUACAUGAUUAAAUUGAAGCUGAGUCUGCACAUGUGCUCUGUAACUAGAAUCUGUGUGAUGUUAAAGAUAAUUUAUGAGCGUUAUUUGGCCUUGAACUCUGCUUCACAAACGUCUCUUUAUGGACAAACCCUCUCCAGUGUGCCGAGAGAACUCAAGAACAAAAUGUCCAAAAGGCAAACAAACUUCUUCACUGUAUCUCCACUCCUCCUCCUCCUCCUCCUCCAAAACUCCUCCUUUCAACCCUCUGACACUCAGCAAAGCGAAGAAAAAAAGCAUUUUUUUCCCUGCUGCAGCCCCCCUCUCCCUCCACUCUCUGUGAGAGAGCGAGAGAGGUAGAGGAAUUUCAUUGAGAAAAUGGAGGGCACUGGAAAGACUAGAGUCCCUGGUGGAGUGCUCCAGGGUUUCAGGUUGCACCAGCGGCUUCCUUUUUCUGCAGGCAGAUGAACUCAUAAUGGAAAAAUGAGCGUGGCCGCAGUAACCCGAACCUCUCACUGGCUGGGCUCGGGGAGGAGAGGGUGGGGGGGUAUGGGGUGGGUGACUGGGGGGGAAGACGGGGUGGGGUGGUGAGCCCAGGCGCUCUGAAAACAAGCAGAGAAACCAGCUUCUCUGCCUGGAUCUCUGAGUUUAAAACAAGGAGGAGAAAUGAAAUACAGUGUCCUCAUUCACCUGCAUUUGAACUGCCUCAGGAAGCUCGUCUCACGUCUUUAACUGAUCCAUGACUACGCACAUGCCUGUGGUGCUCAAACUAACACAACACACACUUUUACUUCAGGACAUAAAAAACCAGAGGGAGAGGGAUCUCAUUCUUCUCUAUCUGUGUUUUUUAAUACUCGUGUUCGUGCAGCCUGGAGAAAAACAUACAGAAAGUACAAAAGGAUGUUUUUUUUGUGGAUAACAGCUGGGAGGAGGAGAGAGUAAAGUUUGGUGGAGUUUCCUCAGAGUGUCUCUGAUAUGAGAUUGACCAACGAGACUCAAAAGGGCAGAGUUUAUCGCUGUUUUGGAGACAAAUAAACAAUAUGCAGCACGUCUCAGGAGAUAAUAGAGACAGAGUUCAACAUUUGCCCCGGUUAACUUGUUACUUGAGGUCAUAAUGGGAGUUUGCGUCCUGUUGAUAGCACCAGCACACAUUUGAUAUUUCUGUUCAGCAAAAGCAUCAGUGGUUUCUGAAGUUUUAUGUGACUCAGCAGUUAAAAGAGUUUAAAAGAGGAUGUCUUUAAAGCUCCAGUAACUUGGUGCUAAGUUACCACUGUUACUCCACAUAUGUUGAUGUGCAGGACAGGAAUCUGUCACAGCCAUGGACGUAUAAAACAGAACCUGUCUCAUAUCCAUCAUUAAAACCCAUUAAAAAAUUGAAAAAAUAAAAAAAUCCAUAAUUUUGUUUAAAAUUUUUUAUUGUAAAGUAUAAUGAAAAGGGCAUAGUAUAGUUUGUUAAAAAAAACUUGUUUUUGACGAAAAAAUGGUAUAGUAUAGUAUGAUAAAAAUGUCAAAGUAUAGUAUGUUAUAAAAUCUUAAACUUAAGGAUUAAAAAAAUAUCAAAGUAUACUAUGAUUAAAUGUCAUCGUAAAGUAUGUAAAAAAUGUAUGAUAAAAAUGUCAUGAUAUAAUAUGUUAAAAAGUAAUAUUUUAGUUUAAGAAAUAGCAUAUUUGUAUAAAAAAUGUCAAAGGACAGUAUGAUAAAAAUGUCAUAGUAUAAUAUAUUUAAAAUUUCAUUCAUAUUUCAGUUUGAAAAAAAAGGAAUAUUUAAGUAUAUAAAUAUGGCAUGGUAUAGAGUAAUAAAAAGGUCAUAGUAUAGUAUGAUAAAAAAGUGUCGUAGAAUAGUAUGAAAAAAAAGUUCAUAGUAUAGUUUGAUAAAAAAAAGUGUCAUAAUAUAGUAUGAUAAAAAUGUCAUAGUAUAGUAUGAUAAAAAUGUCACAGUACGGCAUGUGAAAAAUUUCUAGUUAGGUAUGACAAAAAAGGUCAUAGUUUAGUAUGAUAAAAUUGUCAUGGUUACGUAUGAUGAAAAAGUCAUAGUAUAGUAUGAUAAAAAAGGUCAUAGUAUGAUAAAAAUGUUAUAGUACAGCAUGUGAAAAAUUUAUAUUUAAGUAUUAAAGAAAGUGUCAUAGUAUAGUACGAUGAAAAAUGUCAUAGUAUAGUAUGUUAAAAAAUGUUAUACUCAAGUAUGAAAAAAAGUGUCUUAGUAUAGUAUGAUAAAAAUGUAAUAGUAUAAUAUGUUAAAUGUCAUACUUAAGUAAUAAAAAAAUUGCAUAUUUUAGUAUGAAAAAUAUAAUAGUAAAGUAUGCUUGAAUUGUUAUAGUAUAGUUUGUUGAAAAUGCCACAGUAUAGCAUGUGAAAAAUUUCUAGUUAAGUAUUAAAAAAGGCAAAGUAUAGAAUGUUGAAAAUGUAAUAGAAUAGUAUGUUAAAAAAUAUACUUUAGGAUAAAAAAGUAGUGUGAUAAAAAGGUCAUAGUAUAGUAUGUUAAAAAUGUCAUAGUAUAGUAUGAUGAAAACGUCUUAGUAUAGUGUGUGAAAAUGUUUUAUUUUAGGAUGUAUAAAGAUAUCAAAGUAUAGUAUGAUAAAAAUUUAUACUUCAGUAUGAAAAAAAUGUCAUAGUAUAGUAUGAUAAAAUAGGACAUAGUAUAGUAUGUUGAAAAUGUCAAAGUAUAGCAUGUGAAAAAUUUCAUACUUAGUUAAAGAUAAAUUGGCAUAGUAUAAAAUGAUAAAAAUGAAAAACAAUAGUUAUUAAAGAAUUAUUUUAGGGUGAAAAAAAUAUCAUAGUAUAGUAUGAUAAAAAUGUCAUAGUAUAGUAUGAUAAAAAAAAAGUGUCAUAGUAUAUUAUGAGAAAAAAAUGUCAUAGUAUAGUAUGAUAAAAAUGUCAUAGUACAGCAUGUGAAAAUUUUAUAUUUUGGGAUAAAACAAAUGUCAUAGUAUAGAAUGAUAAAAAUGUCAUAGAAUAGUAUGAUAAAAAAUAUCAUAGUAUAGUAUGAUAAAAAUGUCAUAGUAUAGUAUGUAAAAAAAUGUUAUACUUAAGUAUAAAAAAUUUUGCAUAUUUAGGUAUGAAAAAAUGUCAUAGUAUAGUAUGACACAAAUGUCUUAGUAUAGUAUGUUAAAAAUGUCAAAGUAUAGCAUGUGAAAAAAAUUGUAUUUAUGAAUAAAAAAAUGUCAUAGUUUAGUAUAAUAAAAAGGGUCAUAGUAUAGCAUGUGAAAAAUGUUAUAUGUAAGUAUGAAAAAAAUGCAUAUUUAGGUAUGAAAAAAUGUUAUAGCAUAAUAUGAUAAAAAUGUCAUAGUAUAGUAUGUGAAAAAUAAAUAUUUUAUGAUGAAAAAAAUGUCAGUAAAUUAUUUAAAAAAAUGUCAUAGUAUAGUAUGAUAAAAAUGUCAUAGUAUAGUAUGAUAAAAAUGUAUACCUUAGUUUGGAAAAUGUCAUAGUAUAGUAUGAUAAAAUAGGACAUAGUAUAGUAUGUUGAAAAUGUCCUAGUAUAGUAUCAUACAGUGUCAUAGUAUAGUAUGAUAAAAAUGUCAUAGUACAGCAUGUAAACAAAUUCUAUUUUAGUAUGAACAAAAUUUCAGUUUAGUAUGAUAAAAAUGUCAUAGUAUAGUGUGAUAAAAAUGUCAUAGUAUAGUAUGAUAAAAAUUUAUAACUUAGUAUGGAAAUAUGUCAUAGUAUAGUAUGAUAAAAUAGGACAUAGUAUAGUAUGUUGAAAAUGUCAUACUAAAGCAUUUGAAAAAUUUCAUACUUAGUUAUAGAAAAAAUUUCAUAGUAAAGCAUGUGAAAAAAGUCAUAGGAUAGUAUUAAAAAAAUGUCAUAGAACAGCAUGUGAAAAUUUUCUAGUUAAGUAUGACACAAAUGUCAUAGUAUAAUAUGAUAAAAAUGUCAUAGUAUAGCAUGUGAAAAAUAAAUAUUUUAUGAUGAAAAAAAUGUCAUAGUAUAGUAUGUGAAAAAUUUAUAUUUUAUGAUGAAAAUAAUGUCAUACUAUAGUAUGAUAAAAAAUGUUAUAGUAUGGUUUGAUAAAAAAGGUCAUAGUAUAGUAUGACACAAAUGUCAUACUAUAGUAUGACACAAAUGUCAUAGUAUAGAAUGUGGAUAAAAAAGUAUUUUUGAAUAAAAAAAAUGUCAUAGUUUAGUAUAAUAAAGAGGGUCAUAGUAUAGCAUGUGAAAAAUGUAUGAAAAAAUGUCAUAGUAUAAUAUGAUAAAAAUGUCAUAGUAUAGUAUGAUAAAAAUGUUAUAGUAUGGUUUGAUUAAAAAGGUCAUAGUAAAGUAUGAUAAAAAAAUGUCAUAGUAUAGUAUGAUAAAAAAAAAUUAUAUUUUAGUAUGAAAAAAAAUUUUCAUAAUUUAGUUGUCACAACCUAGUUCUUAGGCUGUAACAAAAAUGGGAGGCGAGACAAGUUAAACAGUUAUUUAUUACAAAAACACAGAGAAAAUACAACAAUCAAAAACAGUUUUCUUAACAAUUAAACCAUCGGCUGCUCCACGCUGGACGCUCAGCAAUGUGUGCCAUAAGAGAUAGGAAGAGCCACUGAAUCCAGGAGGAGUAUUAUAAGCUGAGGACUAGUCUGGGCCAAGGCGUAGCACAUCUUCUGAUUAGGAUGGCCCCGUUUGUACCUGACCCUGCAACAAAGUACUAAAAAAAACCCCAAACCAGCAAACCAGCCAAACAGUAGCACCUAUUGUAAUGUAUAAUAUUAUAGGUCAUAGUAUAGUAUGAUAGAAAUUUUCAAAUUUGAGGAUAAAAAAAAAUGUCAAAGUAUAGUAUGAUAAAAAAAAUAUCAUAGUAUAGUAUGAAAAAAAAAUGUCAUAGUAUAGUAUGAUAAAAUAGGACAUAGUAUAGUAUGUUGAAAAUGUCAUAGUAUAGUAUGAUAAAAAUGUCAUAGUACAGCAUGUAAAAAAAUUCUAUUUUAGUAUGAACAAAAUUUCAGUUUUUAUAAAUCUCUAGUUAAGUAUGAAAAAAAUGUCAUAGUUUAGUUUCAUAAAAAUGUCAGUAUUGUAUGAUUAAAAUGUCAUAGUAUAGCAUGUGAAAAAUUUAUAUUUUAGAAUGAAACAAAUGUCAUAGUAUAGAAUGAUAAAAAUGUCAAAGUAUAGUAUGAUAAAAAAAAUAUCAUAGUAUAGUAUGAUAAAAAUGUCAUGGUACAGUAUGUUAAAAAUGUUAUACUUAAGUAUAACAUUUUUUGCAAAUUUAGGUAUGAAAAAAUGUCAUAGUAUAGUAUGACACAAAUAGUAUGUUAAAAAUGUCAAAGUUUGAAAUGUGAAAAAAAAUUGUAUUUAUGAAUAAAAAAAUGUCAUAGUAUAGUAUGUUAAGAAUGUCAAAGUAUAGCAUGUGAAAAAAAUUGUAUUUGUGAAUAAAAAAAAGUCAUAGUUUAGUAUAAUUAAAAAGGGUCAUAGUAUAGCAUGUGAAAAAUGUUCUAUGUAAGUGUGAAAAAAAAAGCAUAUUUUAGUAUGAAAAAAUGUCAUAGUAUAAUAUGAUAAAAAUGUCAUAGUAUAGCAUGUGAAAAAUAAAUAUUUAAUGAUGAAAACAGUGUCAUAGUAUAGUAUGUGAAAAAUUUAUAUUUUAUGAUGAGAAAAGGCAUACUAUAGUAUGAAAAAAAUGUCAUAGUAUAGUAUUAAAAAAAAUGUCAUAGUAUAGUAUGAUAAAAAUGUCAUAGUAUAGUAUGAUAAAAAUGUAUACCUUAGUUUGGAAAAAAUGUCAUAGUAUAGUAUGUUGAAAAUGUCAUAGUAUAGUAUGAUAAAAAUGUCAUAGUACAGCAUGUAAACAAAUUCUAUUUUAGUAUGAACAAAAUUUCAGUUUAGUAUGAUAAAAAUGUCAUAGUAUAGUGUGAUAAAAAAUGUCAUAGUAUAGUAUGAUAAAAAUGUAUACCUUAGUAUGGAAAUAUGUCAUAGUAUAGUAUGAUAAAAUAGGACAUAGUAUAGUAUGUUGAAAAUGUCAUAAUAAAGCAUUUGAAAAUUUCAUACUUAGUUAUAGAAAAAAAUGUCAUAGUAUAGCAUGUGGAAAAUUUCUAGUUAAGUAUGACACAAAUGUCAUAGUAUAAUAUGAUAAAAAUGUCAUAGUAUAGCAUGUGAAAAAUAAAUAUUUUAUGAUGAAAAAAAUGUCAUAGUAUAGUAUGAUAAAAAUGUUAUAGUAUGGUUUGAUAAAAAAAGGUCAUAGUAUAGUAUGAUAAAAAUUUAUAUUUUAUGAUGAAAAAAAUGUCAUACUAUAGUAUGAAAAAAAAUGUUAUAGUAUGGUUUGAUAAAAAAUGUCAUAGUAUAGUAUGAUAAAAAUGUCAUAGUAUAGUAUGUUAAAAAUGUCAUACUUAAGUAUAAAAAAAUGUGCAUAUUUAGGUAUGAAAAAAUGUCAUAGUAUAGUAUGACACAAAUGUCAUAGUAUAGUAUGUUAAAAAUGUCAUAGUAUAGCAUGUGAAAAAAAUUGUAUUUAUGAAUAAAAAAAAUGUCAUAGUUUAGUAUAAUAAAAAGGGUCAUAGUAUAGCGUGUGAAAAAUUUAUAUUUUAUGAUGAAAAAAAUGUCAUACUAUAGUAUGAUAAAAAUGUUAUAGUAUGGUUUGAUAAAAAAGGUCAUAGUAUAGUGUGAUAAAAAAAAAUGUUAUAGUAUAGUAUGAUAAAAAAAUUUAUAUUUUAGUAUGAAAAAAAAAUUGCAUAAUUUAGUUGUCACAACCUAGUUCUUAGGCUGUAACAAAAAUGGGAGGCGAGACAAGUUAAACAGUUAUUUAUUACAAAAACACAGAGAAAAUACAACAAUCAAAAACAGUUUUCUUAACAAUUAAACCAUCGGCUGCUCCACGCUGGACGCUCAGCAAUGUGUGCCAUAAGAGAUAGGAAGAGCCACUGAAUCCAGGAGGAGUAUUAUAAGCUGAGGACUACCAGCCAAACAGUAGCACCUAUUGAUAGUGAGCAGUCGUCACAUAGUGUGAAAGAGAAGAAUCAUAGUAUAGUACGUGACAAAUGUUACAUUUUAUGGUGAAAAAAAUGUAAUAUUAUAGUAUAAUAGUAUAGGUCAUAGUAUAGUAUGAUAAAAAAUUUCAGAAUUGAUAUUUUUUAUUUUAGUAUGUAAAAAACUAAAUGUUUUCUUAUGAUAAAAAAAAUUUAGUAGUAUCGUAUGAUAAAAAUGCCAAAGUAUAGUAUGUUAUAAAAUCUUGAAGGAUAAAGAGAAAUGUCAUAGUAUAGUAUGAUGAAAAUUUCAGAUCUGAGGAUAAAGAAAAAUGUCAUAGUAUAGUAUGAUAAAAAUGUCAUAGUAUAGCAUGUGAAAAAUUUUGAUCAUUUUAGUAUUGAAAAAAUGUCAUAGUAUAGCAUGUAAAAAAAAUAUUUUAUUAGACUAAAAAAAAGUCAUAGUAUAGUAUGAUAAAAAUGUUAUACUAUAAAAUGUAGUAUAAUUCUAAUUCUUAUCUAACUAUGAAAAAAAAUGGCAUAUUUUAGUAUGAAAAAAUGUCAUAGUAUAGCAUGUGAAAAAUUUAUAUUUUAGAAUGAUAAAAAUGUCAUAGUAUAGUAUGACAAAAAUGUCAUAGUAACGUAUGAUAAAAAUAAAGCAUAGUUUAAAAAUGAGGGGAUUUGUGAAAACUAGACUUGAGUUGAAAUCUGCAAGAUGUUCCACGUCCCUGUUUUGAGUGCAGGAAAUAACAAACAGAAAAUCCAAAACCUCAAAAAUGUACAACUGUUUCCACAAAAGUCUUGUGGGGCCCUUAUACUCUGUUGUAAUUCUCAGGGACAAAAGUCAAAAACUUUUUCAAUGCAUUUCAGUUUCAGAGUACUACAGUUGGCGGUAUGAAACUGUUAAAAACACACAAUAUACAGUAACAUGGGGCAUCGUAGUGGAAAACAACAAACAACCAAUUAAAUCAAUCUUGACCAUUUAAAAGUCAGGAAAAAAAUCCUUUUGAAAACUUUUUAUGAACGGAUGAUCUUUGUUCAAAUUUAAUUGAAUAAAUCAUAUUUAAUUGCCUAAUUCUGUUUCUUUCAGGGAGCUAAUUGGAUAAUUUGUGCUCAGUGAGUUUAUGAAUGGAUACAAACUGAACAUAGACAUGAAUGAGUUUUAUAGCUCUCAGUGGUUUCUGUUUAUUUGCUGUUUGUUUAUUUAUGGUUGUAUAACCUCAAAAAAACGUCUAAGGCGUUGGCAUGUAAUGGGAAGAGUGUAAUGGAGCGUACAAAGAGGUGUACCGAAGUAAAUGGCGUGUAAAGACAACAACACCUGUGUUUUCUACUGUCGGCAAAGUAAACAAAGAGAGCCAAAUAUCACAGGUCUGCAGUCUCAUUCAGACGGCCUGAGAAUAAGGCUCCUACUUUCACAUACAAAGAGGCAUUCCUCGCUUAAUCACCGCCAUUGUAUCACAUGAAAGACACAAAAUGGUCAUGCCUCUCGGUGCACAGUUAACCCCGGCUGCUCUCACACCUAAUCUGCCCAUCACUCCCUGGUGGGAGCGCUGCCAUCGCAGGCGGACGUAUUAUUUACAGUAUGAUCGAGUGCUGCCGUGCCAGAAUGGAGGGCUUGAUUUUUCCCCAAUGGCAUCUUAUCGCAGUCGCUGAGCUGCAGCUGCAUUCCCCACGAGUGAGUCACAAACCGGAGCCAGAGGCCGAGAGCUGCACCUUUACAGUUUUUAUGCUCUCGCUCGUCUUGUUCACUUCGCUCACAGACGAAAUCAAAGCAGACAAACACACAUCGACAAUAGUCUGACACGCCUGUUUUCACACUAAAGAAAGAGACACAAAAACACACACACAAAGGUGAGCGCAGCGGUCACAGGAUGGGCGACGCCCCUUCAGAUUACAGAAGUCAUUAAAACAUAACUGUGCUUCAGAAGUGUCCCAACACGCAGAGGAGAGAGCCCGAGGCUAAACGAGGAGGUUAUACAAUCUAUUUCUGUGGAUGCACCGAUUCCAGACAGGCGGUGAUGAGCUCAGAUAAGGUGCAGACACUGAAUACUGGACCACUUUUCUGGUCUGCUGGAGGUGCUGCAGUCUCAUGGCCUAAAAAUACCCCCAGAGACAAGAGACGCGAUAUGAUAAAUGUACAGUUUGUCCUUGCGACGCGGAGGACGAUCACACAAUAUGUCCGUAUAAAACGCCGCAUCCAAACGCCACGCUGAGUGAGCAGUAUUUAGGAGGUUUUAUUCACUCUGGCUGCAGAAAAGAGUAAAAAAUAGGACGCGAAGUGUGCGAAUUCCUGUUAAUCAGAAGAAAAUCUGCUUUUUCUUUAUCUUUGAACCAUUAUCACCUGAACUACGAACCAAACACUCACAUGAUUCCACUCUAAGUUUGUUUUUGUUAAUUUAAAUACCUCAUUUGGAAUCACCGAACCAGAACAGACAUUUCUGCUGCACUGACACUGAAACAAAAGUUUUUAUUUAUCAUGUUAGACGAUGUUUGAGAGAACUGGUGGAAAAAUAAGUUAUUCUGUCUUCAGUUUUAAGCUCAUUUUGACCCAAAGCUGCUUGUGUGUCUGUUGCAGAUGUGCCUGGAUGCCCCUCUAUGUACCACCACAGUGAGGGCUACCCCAACCCCCAGCACAGCAGUGAAGGUAACAUGAACUCCAAACGUCUCCUCUCCUCUGACACUUUAUCGAGAAAGUCCAUUUUACUGGUUGAAGCUCUGUGGUCACUGGCCGUCGCCUCACCCCUGAAUAAAAAGAGGAAAAAAAAGGAUCAACAAAAGUUCUUCCCUCUGCUCUCGUUGUUUGUUCAGUGACACUUUCAGCAUAAAGGCGGAUUAAGAGGAAUCUGAAAGGACGAACAGUGUUAUCAUAAAUUCACUCACAGGGUUGAUGUUAUUGAAUGUGAUUAUUUUAAAGUUCAGAGUUUUGUUUUUAAAUAUGUGACCUAAUUCUGCUCUCCGUUUGUCUCUCAGGUUAUCUGUUUGAAAAUGACUCCCGCGUCGUCCCCGAGAAGUUCGAAGGUGAGCCCCUUCCUCCACACACGUUUUCAUGUCCCCUCUCGUGAACUCAGGAGGGUGUUUUCGGCUGACGUGCAGGUAAAGCAGGGAAACUUAAGCCACCUUGCACACGCUGUUCGUUCUAGCUGACCUGUCUCCUCGCACUGACGUCAGGCCUGCUUGUGUAACAGCUACGCACUCUCGGGCUUAGUUAGUGGGUUUAGUUUCUGCGCACACACGAUGCGGGGCUCCUCUGUCAGGGCGAGAGUCGUUUCCCAUGGUGUCAGCGGCGCCGGUGAUUGACGUUAAAGGAGAUUGAGUGGAGAGCCCGAGGGUGUCAGCGCAGGUUCAACCAGUGAAGUGUGCAAGCUCUCUGAGAGACAACAGCGGUAACCUAGCUGGGCGUCUCGUAUUCCCACACUUGUGUACAACAUAUCCGGUGACCAGUAAACAAACAGGAACACAAAUCCUUUUACCUACAUGUGGCUUUAACCCAGUGUAACUAAUCAGCUGUUGUUUUGAGUCUUACCACGGCAGCAAACGGCAGCCAAGUAACUUUUUAUUUCCUUCAAAGUUCCAGAAAAAGUUUCUAUUUCUGUCUCGACAAACACACGGCUGCAAUUUAGGAGUUUGACUUGAUAAGCUGUUGUUAAUAAGAAGUUUACGUCAGUACGCAAACAUGAAACAUCAAGAUAAGAUGACCUGCUAGAUUUCAAAUACAUCCCAGCUGUUAUUAGUCGACUUUCCCUCAGCUUCACGUCUGAUAAAAGACUCAAGUUUAUGUUUAUGGUGUAAUUUAACGGCUUGAUGCAGGUUAUUGUUUCAUAAAAGUAUCAAACAGGGAAACUUUGACUUGUAAAAAGAGAGAAACCUUUCAGGAGCUGCAGAGAAACACUCUGACGUCUCUUCUCCUCACGUUUCAGGGGAGGUGAAGCAGGAGGGUGGCAGCGUUUUUCGUGAGGGCACGCCGUACCAGCGCCGAGGCUCCCUGCAGCUCUGGCAGUUUCUGGUGGCCCUGCUGGACGACCCCGGCAACGCCCACUUCAUCGCCUGGACAGGCCGCGGCAUGGAGUUCAAACUCAUCGAACCUGAAGAGGUGGGCUCAAAGAACUGCAGUUCCCCAAAUGUCCACUGGAGGCAGGUUGCAGGAGCUGAGGAGGCCACAUACACACUAAUUAAAAAAUGCCAAACUUUAUAACAAAAAAGAAACAAUUCACAUCUCCAAUUUUGCAAAACUACGUCCAUGUUUCCUCCAGUCUGGGGUUGUGCUCUCUCUCCUGCAUACAAAGAGUGACAGCAGCAUCAAUCUCCGGCCUCGAUCUGGGGAAAUGUGGAGCAAACCGUAAACUUCGCUGAUAUUGUGACAGCAUCCGGCCAGACUGAAGCACACUGAUCGCUGCAGGCUCUUAGAUCUGCUGCAAAACUCGAGCAGACGACCAGCUGCACAGAGCUUCCCUCGCCAUGUCACAAUCUGUGGACUCAGAGACAUAAGUUAAGACGCAUCAGCUCGAUUUUGAGUCUGUUUCACGACAGGAAAAGUGUUGAUAGAGAUCCUGAUAUUAAUAUGAACCUAAAGCAAACAGGACAGGAGUCAUUACAGGUUUAAAGGUGCGACUAGAUGACAGCGAUCAGGAGAUUUGGCCUCUUUCCUCUUCCAUUAGUCCUCCAUUCAUUAUUCAGCAGAUGAAACUCCGGUUUGAUAAAUGAAGGACGAGUGCGCUAUCACACAAUCAUCCAACACCCUUUCUUCUCACUCAGCCACUCACAUUUCUUCAGACGAGACAUUUUUGUGAUGUUUAAGUCUGAAAUCUGACUGUCAGACGGCGUCCAUUUAGGCGCGUCCUGAUUGGGCGCAGGUCUAUACUGUGUUUUCCAUUAUCUUUUUACUGGACAUUAAAAAUGGAUGGGCUAAGAGUUUUACAAGAGCAAUUAGGGCUGAGAGCACACUCAGAGAUCAAACAGGGCUGCUGGCUUGAUGGCCACUGUGGGAUACAACCUGUCUCUUCCUGAGUCAUGAAUCUCAGCGCCUCCCCCUCCUCCCCCCCAGUCCUCCCAGUUUCUCCCCCUUAACUCUGAUAUUUGUCAACACAAACAUCCCUCUCUGCUGCGGGAUGAGUCGAUUUACUCCACGCCGCCUGUGUGAGGUUUUGAGACGCUCAUUUUCUGAUCAGAGUUAAAAGUCCACCAUCAGCUGAGCGCUGGUUUUUGGGUCGGGGGAGUAUUAACGGCCCGCCUCUGACUCCUUUUUCACUGCGAACACUGUGGGACUCUGGUUGUAUUCAAGUGGUAAUGGGUUACAUAAAAAGGAAGUGAAUCCACAUGUGGGGACUCGCCCUGGUCUCUGCGUGUUUACUCUGUUGUGUUAAAGAGCAGAACGAGCUUUGAGCUCUCCACCGAGGACCCCUAGUGGCCUCAGUGUGGAAACACAAACAACUGCAUCUAAUUAGGAUUUCAGGAAUCUGGACUUUUGGGGAAAAAAACGCUGACACAAACAAUUCUCGGCUGUUGACGUGUCAUCUGCGGAGAGCUUUAUCCUUCAGCUCUGCAAAAUCCAAUAAUAAAAAACAAAGAAGUUUAAAAUGAGACUCACGAAAGCUGCCAGAAAUGCAACCAAAGACAUUUCCCUCUCCGUCUGCCCAUCAGGUCGCCAGGCUGUGGGGGAUGCAGAAGAACCGUCCGGCCAUGAACUACGACAAACUCAGCCGCUCUCUGCGCUAUUACUACGAGAAGGGAAUCAUGCAGAAGGUACAGAAACUCCACUUCUAUCUGUUUACAUGAAGAAACACUAGAGAACUCAAUGAUGGCAACAGUGAGGAAGGGUCCUAGAGCGCUGUUAGGUCAGCAAGAUACAACUAUAUUUUAUUCCAUUAUCUGUCCUUUUGGGUAGAGAACACUGUUAAACUCAGGGACAACAACUUUUUUGCUAGGCAACAGUGGAAGAGGGUCCUGGAGUGUUGUAGCAGCCGAUUUUAUAAUUUGUAGUUUUGGAUAGAGAGACUCAAUCUCAGUUAACUAAGUGAAAACAACUUGGCAACAGUGGAAGGGGGUCCCACAGGGCCAUAUUUUAGUAUUUAUCAAGUUGACAAAUGAAACACUAGUUUUCUCAGUGAUGACAAAUUUCUCACAGUGCUGUGAGGUCCAAAAUAUGCUGCCAAAUUUCAUAAUUUGUCUUUUUUUUUUAAAGAGAAACAUGGAUACCUUGAUAAAAAAAUAACAACUUUGUUCUUGGCAACAGUGAAGGAGAGUCCUAAACUUUCAGAGGCUGAAAUGAUUGAGAAUAAAGUUUUUUUUUAGCUCCUGAUUGAAGUUUUUUUACAUUCAUAGUCUAGAACAUGAAAAUAAGUGAAAUGCCCCUUUAAGACUUUUUCUCUUAGUUAUAUUUGAUGAUAUUUUAAGCGUUGUUAUUCUGUCGUCCUGCAGGUGGCGGGGGAGCGCUAUGUUUACAAGUUCGUGUGCGAGCCCGAGGCCCUCAUCUCUCUGGCCUUCCCCGACAAUCAGCGGCCCAGCCUGAAGGCCGAGUUCGAGCGCUACGUCAACGAAGAGGACACGGUGCCCCUGUCCCACCUGGACGAGGGCGUCCCUUACACCACAGAACAAGCCCCCCAAAACAUGGGCCCCCAGCCCUACUCCAAAGGCUACAUGUACUAAAGCCAGCCCCUCCUCCCUCUCCCCUCUUUUCUCCCCCCACCUUCAGAUAACUUCCUGUUGUACCGACCCGUCAUCAUACACACCCCGAGACCCCCCACGCACCUCUUGCACAUGCCCACCCCAUCCACUUGUAUAUAAGGCUACGGUGUUUUUGUUUUAAAUUAAUCUCAUUAGGGAUUUUUGUUUUGUUUUGAAGAGCUGCGUUCCUCUCACAUCUGAGGCCUAUUCGAUCCAGAAACAUGAUUGUGGUUGAAGAGAUUGCUUAAUAAAUACCCAUAAUAAUACGCAAAACAAAA